UAUGUGACAGUACAGAGAGUUCCUGUUUUAACCCUCAAAGUGAAGUGUUGUCUCAUUAUUGGGGGAAGGAUUUAUUGUAUGCUGUUCCAGUUUGACUGCUAGGAGAGUAAACCUAUUCGUAUGGUUCCUAUUCAACUGUCUACAGCAUUCAUAUGCUUGGGAGAAUUUAUUUGUUUCUCCGGCUCGGUGAUUGUGGUGUCUGCCAGAGUGCUUGGAGUCCUCAGGAAGCGCUAGGAGCAUCUUUCAACUGAGGUACCCAGUCGGGGUGCCAGGUGAUCCGUUACACCCCCUUUUGGAUAUUUCUCAAUUAGUUUUUGAAUAUAAUCAUUUAUUUGUUCUCCCACAACCAUCAAACUUAGUUUUCAGUGACUGGUGGACUUCAUAAACCUGAAGCAUCCAACGUCUUCAGGGAUCACUUGUUGUUAUUAUUAUUAUUAUUAUUAUUAUUAUUGCCAUUUAUAUAGCGCCAACAGAUUCCGUAGCGCUUUACAAUAUUAUGAAAGGGGAUUUAACUAUAAAUAGGACAAUUACAAAUAAACUUACAGGAACAAUAGGUUGAAGAGGACCCUGCUCAAUCGAGCUUACAUUCUAUAGGAGGUGGGGUGUAAGACACAUUAGGACAGGAAUGUGCAAUCAAAAAAGGUGGGCUGCCCUUUAGGAGAGGGCAAGAGACGGGUAUGUGAGGUAGGGGUUAGUCUUGGAGGCCAUAAGCUUUCCUAAAGAGAUGGGUUUUAAGGCACUUCUUAAAAGAUGCAAGACUAGGGGAGAGUCGGAUGGCGGUAGGCAGGCUAUUCCAUAGGAAGGGAGCCGCCCGCGAGAAGUCCUGCAAGCGCGAGUUGGCCGUACGGGUGCGGACAAAGGACAGGAGGUGGUCACGGGCAGAGCGGAGAGACCGAGAAGGGACAUACCUGUGGAUCAGUGAGGAGAUAUAAGAGGGGCUAGAGUUGUUCAGUGCUUUAUAGGUGUGAGUUAGUGCCUUGAAUUGACUCCUAUAGCACACAGGAAGCCAAUGUAAGGACUGGCAGAGGGGUGAGGUGUGAGAGAACCGACUAGAGAGGAAAAUCAGUCUGGCAGCAGCGUUCAUUACAGACUGUAGGGGUGCAGUACGGCUUUUGGGAAGACCAAGCAGGAGAGGGUUACAAUAAUCCAUGCGGGAAAUUAUUAGAGCAUGGACAAGCUCCUUGGUAGUAUCUGGUGCAAGAAAGGGGCGGAUGCGGGCUAUGUUUUUAAGAUGGAAUCUACAGGAUUUGGCAACAUGCUGGAUGUGAGGCUCAAAGGUGAGACCAGAGUCAAGUAUGACGCCAAGACAGCGCGCUUGCAAGGAUGGGCUGAUGUUGGUACCACAAACUUGAAGGGAGAGCGAAAGAGGAGGAUCAGUAUUAGGAGGAGGAAAGACAAGGAGCUCAGUUUUUGAGAGAUUGAGUUUCAGAAAGCGGGAGGACAUCCAGUCAGAGAUGGAAGAAAGGCAAGCAGUGACACGUUGCAGGACAGCAGGGGAGAGGUCUGGGGAGGAGAGAUAUAGCUGGGUGUCAUCAGCGUACAGGUGGUAGUGGAAACCAAAUGAGGUAAUAAGUUUGCCAAGAGAGGCAGUAUAAAGAGAAAAUAGAAGGGGAACAAGGACGGAGCCUUGGGGGACUCCAACCGAGACAGGGCGAGGGGAGGAGGUAUCAUUAGAAAAAGAGACACUGAAUGAGCGUUGGGAGAGAUAAGAGGAAAACCACGAGAGGACAGAGUCACAGAGACCAAGCGAUUGCAGAGUUUGAAGAAGGAGAGCAUGAUCAACGGUGUCAAAGGCCGCUGAGAGGUCAAGAAGAAUUAGUAUGGAGUAGUGGCCUUUGGAUUUAGCUGCGAUUAGGUCGUUAGUAACUUUGAUAAGGGCAGUCUCUGUAGAGUGGAGAGGGCGGAAGCCAGAUUGAAGGGGGUCAAGGAGAGAGUUGGAAUUGAGGAAAUGAGACACACGGGUAAAGACGAGUCUUUCCAGAAGCUUUGAGGAAAAAGGGAGCAGGGAUAUGGGACGGUAGUUAGAGGGGGUGGAUGGGUCAAGGGAUGUUUUUUUUAGUAUAGGUACUACAGUGGCAUGUUUAAGGUCAGCAGGGACGAUGCCAGAAGAGAGCGAGCAGUUGAAGAUGUGUGUUAGAGAAGGCACGAGACAAGUGGAGAGAGAUCUGAUAAGGUGAGACGGGACAGGAUCGAGCGGGCAAGUGGUGGGGCGAGAGGAGCAAAGAAGAGCAGCCACCUCUUGGUCAGUGGCUGGGGAGAAUGUCUGAAGGGUAGGAAAGGCAUGAUCAAUGUGUGAUUGAGAAACAGAAAGGCAAGGAGGGGAGAAUUCUUUCCUUAGCUGUUCAAUUUUGUCAGUGAAGUAACAUGCAAAGUUAUUAGCAGUAAGGUUGGUUUGGGGGGUGGCCACAGCGGGGCGAAGAAGAGAAUUAAAGGUGUCAAAGAGACGCCUGGGGUUGCGGGAACAUGAACUAAUGAGAGAGGAAAAAUAGGACUGUUUGGCAAGGGCAAGGGCUGCACUGUAUAAACACAGUAUGAAUCUAUAAUGGAGAAAGUCUGACUGGGUGCGAGACUUCCUCCAGGAGCGUUCAGCACACCGGGAGCAUCUUUGCAGGUAGCGCGUUGAUUUAGUAUGCCAUGGUUGGGGGCGGGUCCUCCUUGACGUGCUAGUUUGGAGUGGCACUGCAGUUUUCAAGGCAGAUGUAAGAGUAGAGUUAUAUAUGGAGAUGGCCAGUGAAGGACAGGAUAGGGAAGGGAUGGACAGCAGUUGUGAAUCAAUGUCAGCUGACAACUGUUGGAGAUCAAGAGAAGGAUAUGUCUUUUGUUAAGUUUUUGUCGGCCUGACAAAAUACAGAAUUCGUCCUACAGCCUGUCAGCCCAAAUUCGGAUAAAUCUCAGUUCAGAGGAAACAAGUGAAUGCAACUCCUUAAUGUACACUUUACCUUUACCCCACCCAUAGAUUCCAUCUCAUUCUGUCCAUAUUCAAAGAGACAGGAGGGUCCGUUCCCCUGUUAAGGUUUUAUUUUUAUUUUCCUCUGACAUUUGGUUUCCUUAUACUUCAUUUCCGGUGACCCGUGCGUGUAGUUUCAGAAUGUAGCUAAAAAGAAUUACAUUUCUGACAUUCUGCCACAGAGUUAGAAGCUGUAGUACUGUCUAAAAGUACCAUGAUGUACAGUGUAUCAAAAGACGGUUAUAAACAGAAGUAUUUUUAUUAGUAUUUAUAUAGUGCCAAGGUAUUCACAGUUACAGGAAGGGGAUGCUUAGAGCUUCUCAAAUGAAUUUACAAUCUAUGAGAUUAUGCGAUAGGCGGAUAUACCUGUACAGGCAACUCCUCACCUACCGACCAGGUUCCGUUCUUAUGACUUGGUUGUAAAAUGAAUUGAUAGGUAAGUGAGGAUGCGGAAUUUCCCCGAACCUAGACAAGCGCAGCAGAGCAGGAAAUCCCGCAAAUCUAUGUUCGGUGAGACCAGCUCUCUAAUGUGGGGAAUCCCAUUCACACCUGUUUUCUCUACAAAGGGUCAUUAUCUGGGAAAAAAAACAUUUUUCGCCCAACAACCAUUAUGGUCAUAUUUUUUCCCACCAUUCUGUCAUUCUCCAGGUUUCACAUUCACUUUCCUCCUCUCUAAUCUUAUUUAUACAUUCCAGGGAUAUUUUUAUCCUCCUAUUAUUGUUUCUUAUCUAUUCUCCAGCUGUUCCUAAUCUCCCAGGUACUUUUAUCCCUCUAAUCCCUAUGUUUUAUCUCUGUCUCCUAUUCUCACCCACAACGGUUCUUGUCCCUCCUUUUAUUUAAUUCCCCUUCUUUCAUUCUGUGCCCCCCUUUCUAUAUACCAAUAUCUCCUUCAAACUGAUUAGCUGCCCCUAAUGUGUGGCAAUAUGGUGUAUGACAAGGUGAGGGUGACAUGAUGUGUGGCAAUAUGGGGUGGUGUAUGACAAGGUGAGGGGUGGUGAAGGUUACAGGAUGUGUAACAAGGUGAGGGUGAGUGUGAUGGGGUGUGUCACAGUGUGGGGUGGUGGGUGACAUGAUGUGUGGCAAUAUGGGGUGGUGUAUGACAAGGUGAGGGGUGGUGAAGGUUACAGGAUGUGUAACAAGGUGAGGGUGAGUGUGAUGGGGUGUGUCACAGUGUGGGGUGGUGGGUGACAUGAUGUGUGGCAAUAUGGGGUGGUGUAUGACAAGGUGAGGGGUGGUGAAGGUUACAAGAUGUGUAACAAGGUGAGGGUGAGUGUGAUGGGGUGUGUGGCAGUAUGGGGUGGUGUAUGACAAGGUGAGGGGUGGUGAAGGUUACAGGAUGUGUAACAAGGUGAGGGUGAGUGUGAUGGGGUGUGUCGCAGUAUGGGGUGGUGUGUGACAAGGUGAGGGUGACAUGAUGUGUGGCAAUAUGGGGUGGUGUAUGACAAGGUGAGGGGUGGUGAAGGUUACAGGAUGUGUAACAAGGUGAGGGUGAGUGUGAUGGGGUGUGUCGCAGUAUGGGGUGGUGUGUGACAAGGUGAGGGUGACAUGAUGUGUGGCAGUAUUGGGUGGUGAGUGACAGGGUGUGUGGCAGUAUGGUAGUUGGUGGCGUGUGACAGGGUGAGGGGUGGCGAGUGUGACAAGGUUGGGGGAGUGAGUGAGGAGGUGACAGUGUAUAGGGGCUGAGGGUUUGUGGGGAAGUGAAAGUAUGUGGAGGGGCUUGGUGGUCCAGUGGACUUCCUGGUAGCCAAGUAGAUUCCCUGGUAGUCUAAUGGACUGCUGGUGCAGCUGCCGGCCUUCCAGUCUCGCCCUCGGUGAGAAUGUCCGAGCGCAGUCUUGCAAACCCGGUUCCUGCACUCUGACUCCAUCACAGAGCGCUGGAAAUGCAGGAGAAAGGAAUUACCCCACAGACCAACAGGGAGUCAUUUCAAUGGGUGUGUUAGAGAGCAUAUAUUCUACCCACUCCGAGCCACAUUUUAGUGGCCUUUAUUGCUAGAAUUUACUGUGUUACUAGACUAAGGGAGACCACCUGAUUUUAGUGGUACUCCUACAUAUACAAUGGUACUGGGAUUUUUAUGUUCACAAAGAACUACUGAGAUAUAUAGUGAUGGUACUUGCACACUUGUCAGAUAUGUAAGUACUCGACCAAGGAUAAUCUGUGUACAGACUAUGUAAUUCUAAAACACAGUAGUAGUACAUAGUAAUUCUGAUAUUUGGAACUGGGAUGGAAAGCUAAAAGUUGUACAAGAUAUUGCAUGGAAUACAUGAGAUACAAUACAGCUACAUUCUAUACUGAUGCUAAUGGCAUAUUUUUCCUCUUAUAGCAACCAGCGACCCCUUGGCGGGAGGAUUUGCAGCUGUUGGAUCCAUUUGAAUACAUGGUGAGUUUCAUUGUGUCAGCCCUGAUUGAAGAGUUCUUUAAAACCAUGUGUUUUAACCCAGUAGGUAAAACGCCACCACCAAUGGUCCAGGUUUAUGCUUCAUCCACAUUGCAACCAAACUGAGAAUUGCCUAAAUCCCAGUCUGAUGGCGGGCACGAGGGCCGGGUUGGGAAUUCCUGCUCUGAAAGAUUUGGGGAUUAUUUAGAAUGUUGUCGUUGAAUAAUCCGUAACUUCUCAUUACCGUGCCUGUUGCUACCUCCAUAGAGAAGCCAGCGGCAGUUUUACCAACUGCAAAAUGUCACAAGUAGCGAUUGGAAUCUGACAGCUGCCGCUGCUGAAAGCCAGUAACGACUAACUGCUCUCAAUAUUCUUAGUGGGAGUUUAGGUAAAGUGUCCCUUUACUGGCUACCACUAACACAACACGAGUCUCAGGCCUGCUUGAAAUUGGGUGAUGACCAAUUGCUAUAUAUCCUCUAAAAACAUCUCCUUCCAACCAUGACACUGUAUUUUACUGGCCAGCUGCUGCUUGCAUUAUGCUAUGAGCCACAAGGGAUGAUAUAGGAACGCACAAUAAUGUGGGAUCUGUAUGCGUUUUUACUAGAACAAUACCAUACCCUCCUCUCUUUCCGAAGUAGUGGAGACAGGGAGUGGUGCUCGGUUCCCCCAGGUAAGAAAUCAUACUACUUACAAUGAUUGGAGAGGAGCCAGGACACUCAUGACACCAUAACCACUACAAGGUACCAUAGUGGUUAUGGUGCUUGGAGUGUUCUCUUAAACAAAUCUGGUACAUAAAAAUAAAGUAUAUUUUAAUUUUAUUUGAUAUAUAUAAUGUUAUAUAUGUAAGUGAGUAAGUCAGGGAUUUAGUAUUUUGGGAUCAUAAACUAAUUUAUGCACAUUUUGUCUACUAAUCACAAAGGUAUGAUUUCAUAUUACCUCAAGUUUAGUCUACAGAAACCAGAAAUGUCAUUUUAUCUGUAUACGUGUCUGUCUGUCUCUGUCUUGAUCCAUAUGUUAAUUUAAUUUGUCUAAAUUUCCAUGAACUGUUGUUUCUGCAAUCCUAUGAGUUACAAAAUUUAAAAAUCUGUCAGUCAUUGCCCCACAGUGACUGAUUAACCUACAGAUGACAAAUCUAUUUCUACUGCUGUGAGUUUUGUGCCAUUAUUAGCUUUGAGGCAAAUAAGGUAUUUUACUUCGGAAAGGAGCGCCCAACUGCCUAGAGCGCUAAGCACAAAAUGGUGGUGAAAUAUGAGAUCAGAGCGUGCAAGCGUACAAAGUACAGUAGCUUGUGUCUCCUGUAAAUGUUUGUAUAAAAAUAGUCAUAAAACACCAUAUUUUAUCAAUAUAUUUACAACAGGAUGUUCCAAAGUACAGCAAGUAAUAAAUCGUUAUUAUUUCUGAUUAUUUCUGAGAUAAAUGGUCACAGCUAUUUUUUUAUGGUACUUCGCGGACAUAAUCUGGAGAGGGGCACUCCUUUUUUAUGAGAACUGGCUAAUGGUGUCCAUGGUAAUGGUGACAUUAGGCACUGGGACAUUUUUAAAAGUGAGCUUGGAAUUAAUUAUAUAAAUGACAAUUAACACACAACCAACAUAUCUGGCUCAGUUGGUAAAUUCCCUGACUACAAAGCCUGUUCAACAAUGCAAAGUCACUGGUUCAAAUCCCAGGGUCAACUCAGCCCUUCAUCCUUCCGAGGUCGAUCAGUUGGGUAAUAACACGUAUUAUUCAGCCCAUUUGGUUAAUUUUGAGUCCCUCUGGGAGAAUGGUGCUAUAUAAAUACUAGUUAUUAUUACCAGGAUCUUGUUUGUGCACUCUAAUUUGAAAUACAUUUAUUGUGAAAUAAAAAGAGGAGGGGGUUAUAUUGCUAAAAAAAGGAACAGGGGAUUUCAGACCAAUAUAGGGGCUGUCUCUCCUACAGAGGGACACUUGGAAAGUAUGGAUCUGUAGAAAUGACCUCCCAGUUCUACUAAAGUCCCAUGAUUACAAGCAUAUAGCAAUUUGCUCAGGCAAGAUUUGCAUUUUAGAUUUGACCAUUUCAGUUGGGGAGCCAUUUCACCUUUAGUUGCUGAUUUUAACCCUGCGGAGACGUGGACAGUAGAAGUAGAAACAGGAUUGAUGCUCUAAACAAAGCAGUCCCAAAGAAGCUGGAGUAAACUGAGCCCCUUUGUAUUUGCACCAAUGUUGCCAGGUGUGCAAGAAGAUGGGACUAUCUGCAGAGAGAUUAGCUCCAGGGCCGAUGGAAUUUAAUUAUCAUGCAGGAAAAACGUUUACUGAAUAUAUCGAUUUAAUGCAAAAUCUGAAAUGGAUCCAAAUAAUGUGAUGAUAAAAUAAAAAGCCACUAAAAGCGAUGUUUACUGGACUAACCCGAUAUUUGUGUGAGUGGUCACCGUGAUACAUUGCUUCGUAGAAUAAAUCGAUCUGCGCUUGGUAUCAGCUGGCGACAUCACUAGUGGGAGAAUCGAAACUAAUUUGUAAUCUGGAUCAAUAAAUUGCUGGAAUCUCCUCUGUUAAAACACCCGUAGCAUUUUAGCUUGUGGUUUUCCCUUUUUUUUUUUUGGGUGUAGUUUAGUUUUUGGUUAUUAAUUCUAUUCAGGUCAGAUUCACUUUAAAAGUGCAUUAAACAUAUAAUUCUUCUUCAUACCAAAAGUAAACUGAAAGUUCAUUGCGGGUGACACCCAGAUUCUUUGGCCACUUUACAAAUCUUGUGCGAGCGGAUUCUUGCAAAUCAGGUUUAACCCCUUAAGGACACGUGACAUGUGUGACAAGUCAUGAUUCCCUUUUAUUCCAGAAGUUUGGUCAUUAAGGGGUUAAAGGUUUGUUACUGACGUUAAUGGUCUACGCUAGAACUACAAGGGUACGUUUACAUUUCCACACAAUGAUCAUCAAUAGCCCAAGCAGUAAUGGUGAUCCAUCGGGGGAUUAUGGGAAAUGGGUGUGUGUUGGAAUGUGCGUAAAGUGUAUGUAGCUGUAUAAACAGCCACCUGUGUCACUAAAGCUGCAGGAUUAGCAAAAUGUGAACAAGUCCUGCAAAAAAAAAAAAAAAACACCUCUGAAAUGACCUUAAAACGUGCGUGGCUUUUAUGGGAAAUUACGGCUGAUUUGCUUUAUGAAUGUUCAGAACACAGAGAUGGGAAUAGUUUUACCUAAUAUUCACUUUGUUGCUUUGUAUAUUUUAUGUUACAGUGUAUAUAUUGUGUAUAUUUUAUAUUACAUUAUAUAUUGAGUAUAUUUUAUAUUACAUGAUAUAUAGUGUAUAUUUUAUGUUACAUUAUAUAUAUAUAUAUUGAGUAUAUUUUAUAUUACAUUAUAUAUAUAUAUAUAUAUAUAUAGAGUAUAUUUUAUGUUACAGUGUAUAUAUUGUGUAUAUUUUAUGUUACAUUAUAUAUAGAGUAUAUUUUAUAUUACAUUAUAUAUAUAUUGAGUAUAUUUUAUAUUACAUUAUAUAUAUUGAGUAUAUAUUAUGUUGCAUUAUAUAUUGAGUAUAUUUUAUGUUAUAUAUAUAUAUAUUGAGUAUAUUUUAUGUUACAUUAUAUAUAUAUUGAGUAUAUUUUAUAUUACAUUAUAUAUUGUGUAUAUUUUAUAUUUUUGUUAUAUAUAUAUUGUGUAUAUUUUAUGUUACAUUAUAUAUUGAGUAUAUUUUAUAUUACAUGAUAUAUAUAGGGUAUAUUUUAUAUUACAUUAUAUAUAUUGAGUAUAUUUUAUGUUGUAUUAUAUAUAGAGUAUAUUUUAUAUUACAUGAUAUAUAUAUUGUGUAUAUUUUAUAUUACAUUAUAUAUUGAGUAUAUUUUAUAUUACAUUAUAUAUAUUGAGUAUAUUUUAUGUUGCAUUAUAUAUUGAGUAUAUUUUAUGUUGCAUUAUAUAUUGAGUAUAUUUUAUGUUACAUUAUAUAUAUUGAGUAUAUUUUAUAUUACAUAGUAUAUAUUGUGUAUAUUUUGUUGCUUUAUAUAUAUAUUGAGUAUAUUUUAUGUUACAUUAUAUAUAUUGUGUAUAUUUUAUGUUACAGUGUAUAUAUUGAGUAUAUUUUAUGUUACAUUAUAUAUAUUGUGUAUAUUUUAUGUUACAUAGUAUACAUUGAGUAUAUUUUAUAUUACAUUAUAUAUAUUGUGUAUAUUUUAUAUUACAUUAUAUAUUGAGUAUAUUUUAUGUUAUAUAUAAAUAUUGUGUAUAUUUUAUGUUACAUUAUAUAUAUAUUGAGUAUAUUUUAUGUUGCAUUAUAUAUAUAUUGAGUAUAUUUUAUGUUACAUAGUAUAUAUUGAGUAUAUUUUAUGUUACAUUAUAUAUAGAGUAUAUUUUAUAUUACAUAGUAUAUGUUGAGUAUAUUUUAUAUUACAUUAUAUAUUGUGUAUAUUUUAUAUUUUUAUGUUAUAUAUAUUGUGUAUAUUUUAUGUUACAUUAUAUAUUGAGUAUAUUUUAUAUUACAUGAUAUAUAUAGUGUAUAUUUUAUGUUACAUUAUAUAUAUAUAUUGAGUAUAUUUUAUGUUGCAUUAUAUAUUGAGUAUAUUUUAUAUUACAUUAUAUAUUGUGUAUAUUUUAUAUUUUUAUGUUAUAUAUAUAUAUUGUGUAUAUUUUAUGUUACAUUAUAUAUUGAGUAUAUUUUAUAUUACAUGAUAUAUAGUGUAUAUUUUAUGUUACAUUAUAUAUAUAUAUAUAUAUAUUGAGUAUAUUUUAUGUUACAGUGUAUAUAUUGUGUAUAUUUUAUGUUGCAUUAUAUAUAGAGUAUAUUUUAUAUUACAUUAUAUAUUGAGUAUAUUUUAUAUUACAUUAUAUAUAUUGAGUAUAUUUUAUGUUGCAUUAUAUAUUGAGUAUAUUUUAUGUUGCAUUAUAUAUUGAGUAUAUUUUAUAUUACAUUAUAUAUUGAGUAUAUUUUAUGUUAUAUAUAUAUAUUGAGUAUAUUUUGUUACAUUAUAUAUAUAGAGUAUAUUUUAUAUUACAUUAUAUAUUGUGUAUAUUUUAUAUUACAUGAUAUAUAUAGGGUAUAUUUUAUAUUACAUUAUAUAUAUUGAGUAUAUUUUAUGUUGCAUUAUAUAUAGAGUAUAUUUUAUGUUAUAUAUAUAUAUAUAUAUAUAUAUAUAUAUAGUGUAUAUUUUAUGUUACAUUAUAUAUUGAGUAUAUUUUAUAUUACAUGAUAUAUAUAUUGUGUAUAUUUUAUAUUACAUUAUAUAUUGAGUAUAUUUUAUAUUACAUUAUAUAUAUUGAGUAUAUUUUAUGUUGCAUUAUAUAUUGAGUAUAUUUUAUGUUGCAUUAUAUAUUGAGUAUAUUUUAUGUUACAGUGUAUAUAUAGUGUAUAUUUUAUGUUACAUUAUAUAUAUUGAGUAUAUUUUAUAUUACAUAGUAUAUAUUGUGUAUAUUUUGUUGCUUUAUAUAUAUUGAGUAUAUUUUAUAUUACAUUAUAUAUAUAUUGUGUAUAUUUUAUGUUACAGUGUAUAUAUUGAGUAUAUUUUAUGUUACAUUAUAUAUAUAUAUAUAUAUAUAUAUAUAUAUAUAUAUAUAUAGAGAGAGAGAGAGAGAGAGAAUAUUUUAUGUUACAGUGUAUAUAUUGAGUAUAUUUUAUGUUGCAUUGAAUAUAUAGUGUAUAUUUUGUUGCAUUAUAUAUAGAGUAUAUUUUAUAUUACAUUAUAUAUAUAUAUAUUGUGUAUAUUUUAUGUUGCAUUAUAUAUAUAUAUAUAUAUAUAUAUAUAGUGUAUAUUUUAUGUUAUUAUAUAUUGAGUAUAUUAUUACAUUAUAUAUAGAGUAUAUUUUAUAUUACAUAGUAUAUGUUGAGUAUAUUUUAUAUUACAUUAUAUAUUGAGUAUAUUUUAUGUUAUAUAUAUAUAUAUAUAUAUAGUGUAUAUUUUAUGUUACAUUAUAUAUUGAGUAUAUUUUAUGUUAUAUAUAUAUAUAUAUUGUGUAUAUUUUAUGUUACAUUAUAUAUAUUGAGUAUAUUUUAUGUUGCAUUAUACAUAUAUAUUUUAUAUUACAUUAUAUAUUGAGUAUAUUUUAUAUUACAUUAUAUAUUGUGUAUAUUUUAUGUUACAUUAUAUAUAGAUUAUAUUUUAUAUUACAUUAUAUAUAUAUAGUGUAUAUUUUAUGUUACAUUAUAUAUAUAUUGUGUAUAUUUUAUGUUACAUUAUAUAUUGUGUAUAUUUUAUAUUUUUGUUAUAUAUUGUGUAUAUUUUAUGUUACAUUAUAUAUUGUGUAUAUUUUAUAUUUUUAUGUUAUAUAUAUUGAGUAUAUUUUAUGUUAUAUAUAUAUAUAUUGAGUAUAUUUUAUGUUACAUUAUAUAUAUAUAUAUAUUUUGAGUAUAUUUUAUAUUACAUUAUAUAUUGUGUAUAUUUUAUAUUUUUGUUAUAUAUAUAUAUUGUGUAUAUUUUAUGUUACAUUAUAUAUUGAGUAUAUUUUAUAUUACAUGAUAUAUAUAGGGUAUAUUUUAUAUUACAUUAUAUAUAUUGAGUAUAUUUUAUGUUGCAUUAUAUAUAGAGUAUAUUUUAUGUUAUAUAUAUAUAUAUAUAUAUAUAUAUAUAUAGUGUAUAUUUUAUGUUACAUUAUAUAUUGAGUAUAUUUUAUAUUACAUGAUAUAUAUAUUGUGUAUAUUUUAUAUUACAUUAUAUAUUGAGUAUAUUUUAUAUUACAUUAUAUAUAUUGAGUAUAUUUUAUGUUGCAUUAUAUAUUGAGUAUAUUUUAUGUUAUAGUGUAUAUUUUAUGUUACAUUAUAUAUAUUGAGUAUAUUUUAUAUUACAUAGUAUAUAUUGUGUAUAUUUUGUUGCUUUAUAUAUAUUGAGUAUAUUUUAUGUUACAUUAUAUAUAUAUUGUGUAUAUUUUGUUACAUAGUAUACAUUGAGUAUAUUUUAUAUUACAUUAUAUAUAUUGUGUAUAUUUUAUGUUACAGUGUAUAUAUUGAGUAUAUUUUAUGUUACAAUAUAUAUAUAUAUAUAUAUAUAUAUAUAUAUAUAUAUAGAGAGAGAGAGAGAGUAUAUUUUAUGUUGCAUUGAAUAUAUAGUGUAUAUUUUGUUGCAUUAUAUAUAGAGUAUAUUUUAUAUUACAUUAUAUAUUGAGUAUAUUUUAUAUUACUUUAUAUAUAUUGAGUAUAUUUUAUGUUGCAUUAUAUAUUGAGUAUAUUUUAUGUUGCAUUAUAUAUUGAGUAUAUUUUAUGUUACAGUGUAUAUAUAGUGUAUAUUUUAUGUUACAUUAUAUAUAUUGAGUAUAUUUUAUAUUACAUAGUAUAUAUUGUGUAUAUUUUGUUGCUUUAUAUAUAUUGAGUAUAUUUUAUGUUACAUUAUAUAUAUUGUGUAUAUUUUAUGUUACAGUGUAUAUAUUGAGUAUAUUUUAUGUUACAUUAUAUAUAUAUAUAUAUAUAUAUAUAUAUAUAUAUAUAUAUAGAGAGAGAGAGAGAGAGAGAAUAUUUUAUGUUACAGUGUAUAUAUUGAGUAUAUUUUAUGUUGCAUUGAAUAUAUAGUGUAUAUUUUGUUGCAUUAUAUAUAGAGUAUAUUUUAUAUUACAUUAUAUAUAUAUAUAUAUAUAUAUAUAGUGUAUAUUUUAUGUUAUUAUAUAUUGAGUAUAUUAUUACAUUAUAUAUAGAGUAUAUUUUAUAUUACAUAGUAUAUGUUGAGUAUAUUUUAUAUUACAUUAUAUAUUGAGUAUAUUUUAUGUUAUAUAUAUAUAUAUAUAUAUAUAUAUAGUGUAUAUUUUGUUACAUUAUAUAUUGAGUAUAUUUUAUGUUGCAUUAUACAUAUAUAUUUUAUAUUACAUUAUAUAUUGAGUAUAUUUUAUAUUACAUUAUAUAUUGUGUAUAUUUUAUGUUACAUUAUAUAUAGAUUAUAUUUUAUAUUACAUUAUAUAUAUAGUGUAUAUUUUAUGUUACAUUAUAUAUAUAUAGUGUAUAUUUUAUGUUACAUUAUAUAUAUAUAUAUUGAGUAUAUUUUAUGUUACAUUAUAUAUAUAUAUAUAUAGUGUAUAUUUUAUGUUACAUUAUAUAUUGUGUAUAUUUUAUAUUUUUAUGUUAUAUAUAUUGUGUAUAUUUUAUGUUGCAUUAUAUAUUGAGUAUAUUUUAUAUUACAUAGUAUAUAUUGUGUAUAUUUUGUUGCUUUACAUAUAUAUUGUGUAUAUUUUAUGUUACACUGUAUAUAUUCAGUAUAUUUUAUGUUACAUUAUAUAUAUUGUGUUUAUAUUUUAUGUUAUUAUAUAUUGAGUAUAUUUUAUAUUACAUUAUAUAUUGUGUAUAUUUUAUGUUACAUUAUAUAUAGAGUAUAUUUUAUAUUACAUUAUAUAUAUAUAGAGUAUAUUUUAUAUUACAUUAUAUAUAGAGUAUAUUUUAUAUUACAUUAUAUAUAGAGUAUAUUUUAUGUCCCUCUAGUUUUAACACUGCAGCUGAAAACAUAGCAGUUUCAGAGAAACUGCUAUGUUUCACUGAGGGUUAAUCCAGCCUCUAGUGGCUGUCACAUUGACAGCUGCUAGAGGCGCUUCCGCGAUUCUCACUGUGAAAAUCACAGUGAGAAGACGCUGGAUGUCCAUAGGAAAGCAUUGAGUAAUGCUUUCCUAUGGGCGGUUUGAAUGCGUGCACGGCUUUUGCCGUGCAUGCGCAUUUGGAGCUGAGAGGCGGAUCGGGGGAGAGGGAUCCCCAGGGCAAAGGGAGUCCGGCGCUGGAGAAAGGUAAGUGCUGCAGGGGUUUUAAACACACACACACUCUAUCACGAACAGCCGCAUACACACUAGCUAACAGACACACACAUUUACUGACAGAGACACACUCAGUGACAUACACACAUACACACUCACUGACAGACACACAGAUACACACUCACUUACAAAACGUACACUCUCACUGACAAACACACACUAACAGACAUCAAACAGACUCACUAACAGACACACACAAACACACUCAGUAACUGACACACACAGUAACACACUCACUGACACACACAGUGACACUAGCAGACACACAUUCAAUAACAGACACACACAAAUUAACACACACACUGACACAAAAACUAACACACACACACACACUCUAACACUAAUACACAUACACAAAUACAUGUUUUUUUUAAAAUCUGAUCCCCCAGCCUCCCUACCUUUUGGGAGUGCUGUGGGGAUUCCCUGGAGUCCAGUGGUGUUGCUUGGCAGCCGGUCCUGCGGGUGCACGAGGGAGCACUGAGAUCCUCCUGUUCAGCUUCCUCGCACGCUGCUUACUGAUAUGUCGUAUUCCGGCUCUGGCAUCAGUGCGGUGCGUGAGGGAGCUGGGCAGAGAGCGCUCAGGGGAGAGCGCCAGCCCGGUGACACCAGGGCCACCCUCGGGGGACCCUGAGGUGGCCAGCUCCUGGGCCCCCCAGGAGAAGAGGCUGGCCACACUGGCAUGCAUACCGGGUCACAGGACAGCCGAGCCCCCUGGUGGGCCGGGCCUGGUCGCAGCCGCGACCCCUGCGACCCCGGUAUGUACGCCACUGCUUUUGGAAUACAUGGCAAAGCAUCAUGGAAGCUGUACUUUUAAAACCUCUAGGGAUCUACCUUUUGGGCUCCCCUGAUUUAAACAAAACACAUAUGAUCGACAUUUCGAGCCAUCUGAGUCUUAUCAAGCUAUAUAAAGGACAUGUAAUUUUAGCAAUAAAUGAGAAUCACAGAGUUUGUGUCGGGUUAGAGUGACUGUUACGGGUUACUCAGUAUUGUGUGACUAUCCUUCCCUUUAUUUCCCGACGUUCUUUCAUUUUUAAUUUAGAGUGAUUUGUACGUUUCUAUGUAUACUUGUAAAUAAAGUUGUUUAUUGUUUUUUUGUUAGCCAUUACCUUGAAUGAUUUAUAUCUUGGUGGGGUAGUAUCCUUCCUAUCCUAGUUAGGUGAUCUCUCACCUGGGUUAAGCCCAUUAUUACCUCAGGGACUUGCUCUCUAAUUAUGGAUCGGAUUUACUCAGUUUUUCGUUUCAGAAUCUUUUUUUUUUUUACUUUUAAAGUAAAUUACAUCUGAUUAAAAAUGAAACCAUUAUUUCCAUGCAGGCUGUGUCAGUCAUAGCCAGGGGAGGUGUGGCUAGGGCUGCAUAAACAGAAACAAAGUGAUUUAACUCCUAAAUGACAGUGAAUUGAACAGCAGAACUUCACGGACAUAAUCUACACAACAAACCUGCUUCAUUAAGCUAAAGUUGUUUUGGUGACUAGUGUCCCUUUAAUGUUGUGUUAUGUAAUAGACAAUGUAAUAGAGCAGCAGGAAAUGCUAGCAGAAUGCUUGGUUGUAUAGGGAGAGGUAUUAGCAGUAGAAAGAGGGAAGUGCUCAUGCCAUUGUACAGAACACUGGUGAGACCUCACUUGGAGUAUUGUACACAGUACUGGAGACCGUAUCUUCAGAAGGAUAUUGAUACCUUAGAGAGGGUUCAGAGAAGGGCUACUAAACUGGUUCAUGGAUUGCGGGAUAAAACUUACCAGGAAAGGUUAAAGGAUCUUAACAUGUAUAGCUUGGAGGAAAGACGAGACAGGGGGGAUAUGAUAGAAACAUUUAAAUAUAUAAAGGGAAUCAACACAGUAAAGGAGGAGACUAUAUUUAAAAGAAGAAAAACUACCACAACAAGAGGACAUAGUCUUAAAUUAGAGGGACAAAGGUUUAAAAAAUAAUAUCAGGAAGUAUUACUUUACUGAGAGGGUAGUGGAUGCAUGGAAUAGCCUUCCAGCUGAAGUGGUAGAGGUUAACACAGUAAAGGAGUUUAAGCAUGCAUGGGAUAGGCAUAAGGCUAUCCUAACUAUAAGAUAAGGCUAGGGACUAAUGAAAGUUUUUAGAAAAUUGGGCAGACUAGAUGGGCCGAAUGGUUCUUAUCUGCCGUCACAUUCUAUGUUUCUAUGUUUCUAUGUUUCUAUUAAAAGGAAGCCCUUACUGUCCUUUAAAAACCAUAUGUAAUAUGUGUAGCAGAGCUGCAAUACUGCGACUGAAUAUCUCCGAUGUAAUCAUCUUGAGCUGGAAGGGAAGCACUGGUUAGUAGUUAUAGCCCAUUCCCCCAGUAACUAGAUGACACAUAGAUCUGGGAGUCAACUGAUUUUAUUCUGGCCACACACGACUUUUAUGCACAGACCCUUACAUGGGGUCUCCUAUAAUAAAAUACAGGGCUUUUCCUCUCAAGAUCAAUUGUUCCUGAGUAAUAAUUGCGUGAGAUAAAACUAUAACUUAAUUAUCUCUUGGGAACAGAAAAAUCUACAAUAUUUUAUUUAAACACUCCAAAAAUACAUUUUAAUAUUUCUGGACCCCACAAAGUCACUUCACUGAAUAGCUUGGAUCUGAGUGCACACUUUGACAAAAUAUCACUCAAAUCCCAUUCGGAUGAACUUUUGACCGAUUGGCGAUGCCCCAAAACAGUUCCAGAUUGGUUCAGCAAUUUCUUUGAAGUCAUAUUUUGACCAACUGCACACAUGGUCCAAUGCCCAAAACAAUUGCAGAUAAUCAGGGCUUUUGGUCGGUUUAGUUCUGUAGCUUAAAAAUCAAACAAAAUACCGAACAUAGUCAUUGUUCUUACCCUGGAGCUUGUUUCCCUUGUUCGUGGGAACAUUUCCACUGAACAGUCUCUGAACCCCUGAACCGAUCUAGUGUUGUAGAACUGAACACAGGCGAUCAAGUCCAGCGGUGUUCGGGAGUGCGUCUCAAAAUAGUUCCAUGAACUCGACAACCAAACACCGCGGCCUGUGCGAACAAGAUAGCCACCAUAUGAAAUGCGGCCACCCAGACGAACACUCAGAACACUGCGGUGGAAAUUGCUACAAAGUAUCAAUUUAGGCUUAACAAGCUCCUGAGUGGUCUCCGGGUUUGUGCGGCUGUUCGGUUUCCGAACCAUAUAGUCCAAAUACACGAACUGAGACUUUUUACAUUACAUGUUACAGGGCCCAUAGUCUGUGGGAAGGAGGCUGGCAAGCAGGGGUCUCCAGGAGCUUGUGGCAAACUCACUUGGAGAGGGGUGUUUGUCACAAUCACAAACAGUGGAAACCCUUUCAAAUAGCAUAAUCUGUAACAUUAGUGUUUUAGGAGCACAAUACACUGUUUGGUUUUAUCAUUCUUUCCUAUUUAUAGAAACAAAAAUAUUUUCGGCUACAGACUUGUCUUUGGUUUCUCGGUAUAUACAAAAGCCGUCAUGCAAACUAUUUGGUAUGUUUGGGGGGGGACUGUGUAGGCACAACUCGUCAUGUCAGAAAGUUUUGUAUUCUGUGCUAGACGUCCUGUGACAGAUGUUGCUGCGUUUACUGAUUGCAUCCGUUUCUCUGCUGUUAGCAGUUCAAUAAAGAUUUUUUUUUUUUAUAAGAAAGGAGAGCCAGGACUAGCGGGAGUGCGCAUAAACACACCCCCUGAUUCAUUCCAUAAUUCGUUCAGCCCUGGAGGGCCGGGGUGCAGAAGACACAAUUGUCCAACCAUCGUGUUCUGCACAGAAAGCUGCAUGGAUUCAAAGCUAAACUCGGGGCUAAUAGGGUGAUCCGUCAUAGAAAUCAUGUGCAUAGAUCAAGUUAAUAUUUUAGAGCAUCCAUCUUAUUUAUUCUUUUAAAUGUGUUUUUCAGAACUGUCAUCAGAAAUCUUGGGUCCCCUUACAAAACAAGUGAAUGGGGGUCUCCAAACAAAUAAACAUACACACCACGAGACACACAGAGUGCCGCAAACAGAAUAUUAAAGCCCAUUCUCUGGUGAAGGACUCGGUAUUUAACACUACACGGUCUGGUUUGAGAGAGAGAAAUCUUUCUACUGCAAUGUUUCCUAAGAUAGCAGUCAGUCUAUCCAACUAUUUGGAAAAAUGACAGCAGCUUUAUAUGCACUACUUAAAGGGACACUCCAAUACUACUUUAAAAGGAGACUAUAGUCCCCAAAACAACUUUGGUUUAAUGAAGCAGAUUUUGUGUAUAGAUCAUGUCCUUGCAGUCUCACUGCUCAAUUCUCUGCCAUUUAGGAGUUUUGUCACUUUUAUUUCUGUUUAUGCAGCCCUAGCCGCACCUCCCCUGACUCUGACUGAGAAAUCAGAUGUUAAUUUAUAAAUGUUUAUCUCCUGCUCUGUACAUUGAACUUUAAUCACACACUGGAGGGUCAUGCAGGGUCUAGAGAGCGAAGCAGGCUGCUCUUACAAGAGCAAGUGUUGUGAUCCAAGGGAGUAUAGUGAUUAUAGCAAUCCCCAGAGUGUGAAUAUAGCUCUCCAAUCCCCCAAACAUAAGCCUAGACUUUACAUUGGCUCUCAGGUCCAGGACACUGCCAUACAAAAUCCCUCCUCUGUACUGGGAGAUAAUUGAGUCAGCACUGUAUUAAACUCCAUUAUCUCCAGGCACAGAAAACAUACAUUUUUACAAAACCCCCAAAAUACCUUAAAACACUCAAAAUCCCCACAAAAGUUACAUCCCUGAUAGCCCUGAUCUGGGUGACCAACAUAUCCAAAAAUCACCCAGAUCAGUUCAGGGGUUCAGGAAUUUCCUGGAAGUCAUUUGUUUGACCGACCGCACGCAUGGUCCCAUGCCCAAAACAGUCCCAGAGAAUCAGGGAUUGCGGUCAGUCUAGUUCCAUAGUUUAAAAAUGAACAAACUACUGAACAAAGUCAAUAGUCUUACCCUGGAGCUUAAUCCCCUUGUUAAUGGGAAUGUUUCCACCGAACAGUGCCUUUCUAAGUGUUGUAGAACCGAACGCAGGCGAUGCUGGAAGUCCAGCGGUGUUUGUGAGUUUCUGUGUCCAUUUUCAGUUCCUGGAGAUUCAUGCCCAAACACCGUUACCUGCGUUCAUGGGAAUAAGAUGGCCACCACCUCGUGGUCUUUCAUCGGAAUUGCGGCCACUCAGACGAACACUUAGAACACUGCGGUGGAAAUUGCUACAAAGUAUCAAUUAAGCUCCAGUGUGGUCUCCGGUUCGUGCGAACCAAAUAUAAAAUCCCAUGGACCAAGUCUGUUCACAUGUUUUUUUUUAAAGGGCCCAUAGUCUUUUGGUAAGAGGCUGGCCUCCAAAAACACGUGACGAGGCUCACAGGGCUGUAAUGCCAGUCACACUGUGCAGCACUGCCCCAGGAAGCACCUCUAGCAGCCAUCUGAGGAGUGGCCAGUGGAGGUAUCCAUACCCUGUAAUGUAGACACUACAUUUUCUCCAAAACACCUGAAGGGAAUGAUUCUACUUACCAGAACAAAUACAAUAAGCUGUUGUGGUUUUGUUGUCCCUUUAACAGAUAACCAAAGUGGCAAUGUAUUAAACAAUGGUUUUGCAAGGUGGUAGUGUGCGCCUGUUAUUUCUUUCACUGAAACCUCGUUAUCCCAUUGGAUCUUCUGGAGAGAGUUGUCCUGGUCGCUUCCUGCUUAUCUCUGGCUUUUUAGUGACAUGAAACUGGCUGAAUUUUUACAGCGUGUCCUGCCCCUCCCAGUGUUUAUAUGUUUAUACAGAACCCCUAAAUCCCAUCCCAGCAAAGACCCGCAGGACAUGAAGCUCACAAUUCACAAGUAAUUCCACUCAUGAAAUUCCAAGCUACUUGUAGAACGCAUACAACGUAUCAUGGGAUGUAACAGGAUGGGUAAUCCUGCAGCUGCAGUGUUCCUUGUACAAUAACCUCUGCAAAGAACGUAGGUGGUUAUGGUAUUCGGGAAGUUAUUUUUAAGGGCCGACAAAUGACAAAUAUAUUGUGUUGUGACCUGAUGACACCUGCAUGAGCCUUUGCUAAAUGCUGACAGUGCUGGGUGUGGUGUAUAAACUCGACGUAAUAAUUCCUGACAUUUCAAAUCGCACAACACAAUGCUUUGGGGGCGUGGCUGAGGAGUGCGACUGUCGGGAGUUUCUGGUUACUUUGUAAUUGAGGACAUCAUGCAGCAACGAGGAUAAAUUAUUCUAGUUCAUGAAAGUGCAAAUUGUCAUGCAUUUAAAAUGUAAUUUAACCCAUUAAUGACCACUGAUAUGAUUAUUAUUAUUUAUUCUGUGUCUGUAAUGGUAUGAAGGGUCUUACAGAUGGGCUUAAGCAGUUAAAGUAAAAUUUCUAAUUUUAGCCAAAAAACAGGGGGAAAAAAUUCUACCUACUCUGCUCUAGUGAAUAACCCCUGCUGUAGUUUAACUCCUUAAAGACCAAAGCAAAUCCUAGGAUUAGUGCUAUAUGGGUGUUUCUUUAAGUGCACUCAUACAUAUUGUGUUUUUUAAUUUUGUUUUAAAAACAAAAGGCUUUCUUUUAUUAUGCUAUAAGUAUACCUAAUACAAAAUGAAAGGAAUUAAAGUGGUUCUGGUGUCUAUAUCAUGUACCUGGAGGCUGAGCAAUUCAAACAUUGCCUUUUUAGGGAAAAAUCAGUGUUCACAUUGUUACCUAGUAACACCUCUAGCGGCAGUCACUCAGACGUGCUUCCUAUCUCAGUGCUGCAUAAUGUACAGCACCUACAUUCAGCGUUUCCACACUCUCUGCAUGGAGACGCUGAAUGCUCCCCAUUGAGAUGCAUUGAUUCAAUGAUUGGUGUUUUGCUGAGCAUGUCCAAUUACCUCCCAAUGCUUUCAUACGAGAAAGCACUGGAUAGACUAAGAUUGUCAAGAUUGCUCACCUCUGCCAUGGUGUACCUGCAAGGUGGUUUAAAACCUUAUUUCUCCACUCUGAAGGGGGCUAGGGACCCUAAUCGAUAAUUCAGGUCAAUGCCCAUUUGUAACAAAUCUUUAUUCCAAUCAGGAAGUUAAAUGGGACUUUGUGCUGGUGUGCAACAGCAGCUCAUUGGAUAGCACUGAGGAAGAGAAGAGGCGCAAGUACAUGUCUGAGUUGGAGAAGAAAUGCUUCAAGAUAAAGGUGAGGGCUCUGGGUUCACUCAAUAAAAUCUUCGAAACAGAAAGUUGAUUAUUAAAUUUCUUCAAAUAGCCAAAAUCUUCUGAAGGAAAAGUUAUUAACAUUCCUAUUUCUCGUAUUCUCACAGAAAGUUCGGGAUGGGGAGAAGAUAUUUUAUGGAGUUCUGGCACCCAAGGAUAUCUUUAGGAAAUAUAUCAGACUUCUGAAGAACCCAGACGAAAACAGCGGUCUUAAUCACACCAAUACGGACCAUGUGUUUCACACAACAAGGUGAUCGAUUAUUCAAAGUGCCCUGAUCCACCCUCUGUGUCCACAUUGUCUGAAAUAAAUGCAACAAGCAUAUUGUCUCUCUAACAAAAUAUUACUGUUAAGAAUGAAUUUUAUUAAACUGGGCAAUCCUUAGAUGGGGAUUAUUCACUAAACUCCAAAUUCUAAAUAUAUAAGAACAAAUAACUUUGCUGUAACCGGAGGCAUAUUUGGGAGCUGGAUAGAUUGGUAGUAACGGUUUUUGGGAAAGUUGGUAUCUUCCCUGCCUUGAAUUUGAAACUUUAAGAGGAAAACUCCGAGUACUUGGCCAUUGCUGUUUAUUGUAGUGGUGGUGGUGGAGCUAGGCGAUACAUUACCUCCGUUUGUUUGUUUUUUUCCAAACUAUUUUAUUACAGUUUGCACACCCCUCUGAUUGGAACAAUAUAAAGAGGACAGUUCAUAUUCUCAUGCAAAGCUUAGUCACAUCACAUUUCUUAGAACAUAAUAAAAGCUCCACGUGGAAAAUUGAUCUCAGGAUUCUUAAUAUAUCAACCUAUCAAUACAUUUAAAGAGCAUUAGAAAAUAUAUACAUUCUGCACUGAAUUCUUAUUUUUGAUAACAUUUCUAAACAUUGUGCACUAUAGUCCCUAUCUGAGGUUACUGAAUAGAAUAAUGUGUUUAAUAACUUGAUAUACACCUGGUUUUGUUUAACCUUAUAUAUGCCUAAUAACUCUGAGAUAUGUUAACGCCAAAGCGCUUUAAGUGUUUGGAGUGUUCCUACCCUUUUUUUGUUUAUUUUUGUAAGAAUAGUUGAGAGGCUCCAGAGAAUCUUAUACUUUCUACAUCUGGCAGUGGUGGUCUAUAUAUACAAAGCAGGAUUAGAUUUCAAACAUUAUUAUAUAUCUGUAUAUAUCUUUUUGUUUUGCCCUACACAGGAUUCGAAUAGUUCAUUUUAUUUUACAAAAGACUUCCAUCCAAUCAGACGGUAUAAAAGGUAUAUUGCUCACCCUCUGCACACUGUCAUUUGUAACUUAAUCAUUUAUUUUCUGCCUAUCUGCAUGUCUCUAUCUGGCCAUCUCCACAUUGAAUUUCCUUCUUUGCCGUCUUUUGAUCCAUUUGGUAUGCUAUGGCAUGCACCUUACUCUGUAUCCAUAUCUUAUCUCUUUCUUCACAUUUCUUGGUUUAUUUAUUUAUAUUAUUCCCUUCCAAAGUCAUUGUUAUUAAUCUCUUUUCCUUUAGAGAAUUUAGAGGAUCUCAUAAAACGUGGUGUUUUUGAGACCGUUUUCCCUUUGCAUGCCGUAAGUACCAAAUUCAGUUUCCUUAUCAGUUUGUAGUAUUACCUAGUCUGGCUUUAAAGAUAAAUUGUAGUCUGUUUGUGUGAUAAAACCUAAUACAAAUAUUACACAUUGUAGGUAUCUUCCUAAAGUCUCCUCCUAUUCUAUAGAAAGGGAAUUCACAGUGGUUUUCCCAUAGCUGAUGAACACUCUAAACAUACUGCAUUAAUAUUAUUAUUAAUAUUAUUAUUAUUAUUAUUAUUAUUGUUGUCCCGCUGUUGAAUGAUAUUGUGGUGGUGGUAGUGCAACAUCAAAGUUUCCUUCCUCUUGCUCAGCUUGAAGACCAAUGUGGUAAAGAACUUAAGAAGAAAUGGGCUCAAUGGAGGGACGUCAUAUACACCCAACCCGUGGCAGAGAUCAGGUGACGUAUGAGAUAUGAGGAUCCGUCUACCUAGUCCAUUUGUAUACAUAAUAUUUAAGUUUUAUCUAUAUUGCUGGCUCUUUACAAUAUUUGCCCUGGCUUUGCCUUGAGCUGGUUAAUGAUGUCGAUUGCUAAAUCUUUAAUAUAAGUUUAUAAGAAAAAUAAGCGUCACGUAAAAAUCCUGAACACUCGUUUUAUUCCAUGGUGCAAAUUGUAGAGAAAGGCUAAUUCUAUUUGGAAUGUUUGUAUACUAUGUAACGCAUGAUGCUACAUGGCACACAUGGGGUGAACGCUUUAUUUACCCAAGCCAUUUGGUUAUAUUUACGCUGUAAUCUCUGUUACAGGGAAUAUUUUGGGGAGAAGGUGGCUCUGUAUUUUGCAUGGCUUGGCUGGUACACCAUCAUGCUUUUUCCAGCAGCUGUAAUCGGUCUCGUGGUCUUCUUGUAUGGAUUUGUACACUUCAACUCCAGCCAGAUAAGGUAUCAUGUUCUUAAUGAAGGGCAGUAAAUUGGGGGCCAAAAGAAAGCUCAACCUCUUAGACCUACAACUCCCGUGAGCUGGAGUCUGAUCGUUGGCCUUUUUUUCCAUUCCUGUAUAUAUCUUUUGGAGGGGGUGGGGGGGCUUGCAUUUCACAAUUACAAAUCCAAAAUCCUGAUUGCUGAACAUUAGAUACAGAUACAUUUCUGUUGCUACCUGCCAAAAUGUUAAUGCCAGUAACAACCCAUAAAGUUCUUUUAGACAGAAUCGUAAAUAUGUGCAGUGAAAUACAGACAGGCAAUAUAUGAUAUAUCCCCCCCCUGCUCCUGUUGGAAGACUGUGACAGAUUCCCAACCUGUAAAGCAAUUGUAAACCCAAACUUGCAAACUCCCCAAUGGGGCAAAAUGCUGGACAUAUUCCACAAACCUUUUUAUUUGCAAAAUAAAUGCACCUUCUGUAUGGAAUUGCACCUCUCCACUUUGUAUUUGAAACUUAAAAAUAAAUAAAAAUAAAACGUUUUCCAUUGAUCCGUCAUCUUGUCCCAUUGGGAAGUUGGCAGAUUUGGAUUUAGGAUUACAAUGCUUUUUUCUGGUUGAGCAUUAUUGAUAUAGUACCGUAUAUUUUAAUGUGGGACAUUUCUAUAAAAUACAGAAUUUAAACUUUUAGUUCACAACCAAAGCAAAGUGUCCUUCUCUGCAGGGAAAUUUAAUAUAGAGAUUUGUAAAGUUUCCAGAAGGGCUUGAGAGUCUCUGCUGUGGCUAGGUUUGUCCUUUGGUAGUAGAGAAUGAAAGUACAGCGUGAGCCAAAAUUCAGAGUAGGAAUUGAGGAGUCAAUGAAUAUUUUAUGAACGUACCAAUAUCAAUGAUCUCACAUACAUUGAAUGCUUAACGUAUUAAGAUUUGUUUGUCUACAUACGGACGAUGACCUCUUUUAAAAGAGUUCCAUUUACCAUUUGCAAAGUCAGGCUCUUUCGUUUGCAUUGUUCAUAGCAUCAGUUAAUGUUUUAGGCUCCAGUGCUCAGAUUUCUACACUUACUUUCUCAAAUGUAUGAGAAUUGUUCACGUACACCGCUGCCUCAGAUCUCCCCACAGGAAGUAAUCGGGAGCUGAAAGGUCGAGUGAACGUGGCUGCCAAUUAAUCUGUGAAUUUAUUAUCUGCUCACCGAACACUAUUCUCAGGAGGUCCAUUGUGGUCCUGGCUGAAUGGGCAGUAGCCCCAUCCUGUUGAAACCACAUUUCAGGAUGAUUUUCCACAAUAGGAAGUAGAGAAUUUUCAAUCUUAUCCCAAUAUCUCACAUUAAUAAAAUCCUACUGUUUUUACUCGAUUCAGUUCAAAAUUGUACCUGCAACAAAAAAAAAAAUGAUUAAACUUCCAACAAAUACUUUAUUUACCUGUUAAAUCCUAUUCUGAAUUUUGGCCCACGCUGUACAUAUACCCACCCAAUAUCUAUCUUGUUUUUCUGAUUAUUUAGUCAAACUUUGAUCAUUGUUUCAAUCCUUAUAGUUGUCACACAUCUAUCCUUCAUUUUAGGUUAAAUAUCUGUCUAAUGAUAAUGUGUAUCCACAUAAUUUAAUGGCACACGGCAUCUUUUAGUAUCUUCACUAGCACAGCUUUGGUUAGAAGUCUCGCAACAUGCACAACUCGGCACGACUGUAUAGUUGCAGUUUUUCGUUCUAUCUUUCCUUCUUUUAAAUCUAUUCUCUCUGUCCUCAGCCAGGAGAUAUGUGCAGCUAACAGCACACUUAUGUGUCCCCUCUGUGACCAAAACUGUCCAUAUUGGCCACUGUCUGACACCUGCACAUAUGCCAAGGUAAGAUAACAAAGACUGCUCCUUCUAUCUUAACCAGACAACCUGACAGCCUCCCGUAACCGAGUAAUGUCCAGUGUUUAAAACAUCACCUACAAAAGUUUGUUUUAGUUUAAAAUGUAUCAACACCAUUUCAUUAGUAAGAUGGACAGCAGCUUCCACACCAUUCUCCAUAACAGACAUCCUUCUAGUACAAUGGCUGGUAUUAGCCACGUGCCUUUACACAUUUUCAUACCUCCCAAAAUUUUAAAUGGACAAAGAGAGCCUCUUUAUUUAAAUUAAAGGGGUUCGAGUGGGGGUGUGGCCAGGGCCGGGGCUAUUCUGAGAAAUUUUGGGUAACUUACUAAUAACAAUUUAUACAACUAAAAUGUAAUUUAGAAGAAGAACAAAGUAUCUUAUUUACACAGACUGAUUUCUAAACACAUUUAUUGAGUUUAAAGACACAUUACUGGGAGUAUUAUUAGUGUGGAGCUCUGUUAUACACUCAGACACAUUACUGGGAGUAUUAUUGCUGUGGAGCUCUGUUAUACACUCAGAGACAUUACUGGGAGUAUUAUUGCUGUGGAGCUCUGUUAUACACUCAGACACAUUACUGGGAGUAUUAUUACUGUGGAGCUCUGUUAUACACUCAGACACAUUACUGGGAUAUUAUUGCUGCGGAGCUCUGUUAUACACUCAGACACAUUACUGGGAGUAUUAUUGCUGCGGAGCUCUGUUAUACACUCAGACACAUUACUGGGAGUAUUAUUGCUGUGGAGCUCUGUUAUACACUCAGACACAUUACUGGGAGUAUUAUUGCUGUGGAGCUCUGUUAUACACUCAGACACAUUACUGGGAGUAUUAUUACUGUGGAGCUCUGUUAUACACUCAGACACAUUACUGGGAGUAUUAUUACUGUGGAGCUCUGUUAUACACUCAGACACAUUACUGGGAGUAUUAUUGCUGUGGAGUUAUACAUCAGACACAUUACUGGGAGUAUUAUUGCUGUGGAGCUCUGUUAUACUCAGACACAUUACUGGGAUUAUUAUUGCUGUGGAGCUCUGUUAUACACUCAGACACAUUACUGGGAGUAUUAUUACUGUGGAGCUCUGUUAUACACUCAGACACAUUACUGGGAGUAUUAUUGCUGUGGAGCUCUGUUAUACACUCAGACACAUUACUGGGAGUAUUAUUGCUGUGGAGCUCUGUUAUACACUCAGACACAUUACUGGGAGUAUUAUUACUGUGGGGCUCUGUUAUACAUUAAGACACAUUACUGGAGCUGGGAGCUCUGUUAUACACUCAGAAACAUUACUGGGAGUAUUAUUGCUGUGGAGCUCUGUUAUACACUCAGACACAUUACUGGGAGUAUUAUUGCUGUGGAGCUCUGUUAUACACUCAGACACAUUACUGGGAGUAUUAUUACUGUGGAGCUCUGUUAUACACUCAGACACAUUACUGGGAUUAUUAUUGCUGCGGAGCUCUGUUAUACACUCAGACACAUUACUGGGAAUAUUAUUACUGUGGAGCUCUGUUAUACACUCAGACACAUUACUGGGAGUAUUAUUGCUGUGGAGCUCUGUUAUACACUCAGACACAUUACUGGGAGUAUUAUUGCUGUGGAGCUCUGUUAUACAUUAAGACACAUUACUGGGAGUAUUAUUGCUAGGGAGCUCUGUUAUACACUCAGACACAUUACUGGGAAUAUUACUGUGGAGCUCUGUUAUACCAGACACAUUACUGGGAGUAUUAUUAGCUGUUAUGUGAGGGAGCUCUCUGUUAUACACUCAGACACAUUACUGGGAUUAUUAUUCUGAGCUCUGUUAUACACUCAGACACAUUACUGGGAGUAUUAUUACUGUGGAGCCUGUUAUACACUCAGACACAUUGGGAGUAUUAUUGAUGUGGAGCUCUGUUAUACACUCAGACACAUUGGGAGAUAUUGCUGUGGAGCUCUGUUAUACACCCAGACACAUUACUGGGAGUAUUAUUGCUGUGGGGCUCUGUUAUAUUAAGUAGUAUUAUUGCUGUGGAGCUCUGUUAUACACUCAGACACAUUACUGGGAUAUUAUUGCUGCGGAGCUCUGUUAUACAUUAAGACACAUUACUGGGAGUAUUAUUGAUGUGGAGCUCUGUUAUACACUCAGACACAUUACUGGGAGUAUUAUUACUGUGGAGCUCUGUUAUACAUUAAGACACAUUACUGGGAGUAUUAUUGCUAGGGAGCUCUGUUAUACACUCAGACACAUUACUGGGAAUAUUAUUGGUGUGGAGCUCCGUUAUACACAGACACAUUACUGGGAGUAUUAUUAAUGUGGAGCUCUGUUAUACACUCAGACACAUUACUGGGAGUAUUAUUGCUGUGGAGCUCUGUUAUACACUCAGACACAUUACUGGGAGUAUUAUUACUGUAGAGCUCUGUUAUACACUCAGACACAUUACUGGGAGUAUUAUUGCUGUGGAGCUCUGUUAUACACUCAUACACAUUACUGGGAGUAUUAUUGCUGUGGAGCUCUGUUAUACAGUCAGACACAUUACUGGGAGUAUUAUUGCUGUGGAGCUCUGUUAUACACUCAGACACAUUACUGGGAGUAUUAUUGCUGUGGAGCUCUGUUAUACACUCAGACACAUUACUGGGAGUAUUAUUGCUGUGGAGCUCUGUUAUACAUACAGACACAUUACUGGGAGUAUUAUUGCUGUGGAGCUCUGUUAUACACAGACACAUUACUGGGAGUAUUAUUACUGUAGAGCUCUGUUAUACAUUCAGACACAUUGCUGGGAGUAUUAUUGCUGUGGAGCUCUGUUAUACACUCAGACACAUUACUGGGAGUAUUAUUGCUGUGGAGCUCUGUUAUACACUCAGACACAUUACUGGGAGUAUUAUUGCUGUGCAGCUCUGUUAUACACUCAGACACAUUACUGGGAGUAUUAUUGCUGGGGAGCUCUGUUAUACAUUAAGACACAUUACUGGGAGUAUUAUUGCUGGGGAGCUCUGUUAUACACUCAGACACAUUACUGGGAGUAUUAUUGCUGGGGAGCUCUGUUAUACACUCACACACAUUACUGGGAGUAUUAUUACUGUGGAGCUCUGUUAUACACAGUAUUAUUACUGUGGAGCUCUGUUAUACAUUAAGACACAUUACUGCGAGUAUUAUUGCUGCGGAGCUCUGUUAUACACUCAGAAACAUUACUGGGAGUAUUAUUGCUGUGGAGCUUUGUUAUACACUCAAACACAUUACUGGGAGUAUUAUUACUGUGGAGCUCUGUUAUACAUUCAGACACACCAACAAUAUGGACCUCCUAGGACAGAGGGACUAGGGCCCAAAAUUAUGACCUAAAUAGGGACACGUGAGAGGUAUACAUCCAUACUUUGUACAUGGGGAGAUAUUUUUAACAGUCCCUCCAUGUUCUUUCAGAUCAGAAUAAUUCCAUCUAAUAGACCAGGCAUAGGCAACCUUUGGCACUCCAGAUGUUUUGGACUACACCUCCCAUGAUGCUUUGCCAGCAUUAUGGGUGUAAGAGCAUUAUGGGGGAUGAAGUCCCUAUGAAGUCCUAUCCCUGUAAUAGACCAUAUAGAUUUCAGUAUACCGAGCAUUAAUACUCUUCCAUUUUGCUAAUCUCUAUCCAUUACUUUGUUUUGUAUAGGUGACACAUUUAUUUGACAACGAGGGCACAGUAUUCUUUGCGAUGUUCAUGGCUGUCUGGGGUAAGUUAAUAGACAUAGUUUGUUUUACCUACCUUGCGUUUUCAUAGUAUCAAAUAUUAAUAGUAAUUGGAGAUUACAUUGCCUUGGGUACUGACCUGUACUUUAAUGCAUUUAUAAGUAAUUCAAUUUACAGAUUUACAAUCAUACAAUACAAUUACAUAAAUGGAUACAAUAUACACUGUCUUUAUUAAACAUGGAUUUACAUAUUGUCCUAGGCCGGGCCAUUAAACUGCUAGUUUGCUUCCUAAAAACAUGAAUCUUUUUUUAGGACCAGCAGUGAUCUUCCAGCUGUAAUAUUUUUUAUAUUGCAAAUUACAAUUCUGGGUAACUCUAACAAGAUUUUUAUUUUAUUUAUUUUUUAAAUACGUUUUCGUUUUAGUAAACACUAAAGGCACCCAGACCAACUCAUUGAAGUGGUCUGGGUUCCGUGCAGCUCCAGAGAAACCACAAUGUUUUCUACCAAACAGCCACUGGGAUCGCUUCCGGAAUCGAAACAGACCUUUGUUCCACUAUCUGACGUUGCACAUCCUCAUGCUCUGCAUGAGGGUCCUAUGGGGAGGUCUAAUGUGCACGCGGCCAUUGCUGCGCAUGUGCGUUAGGUCUCCUCUGCUGGCUGAUGUUGGUGGUGGAGGAGCGUGAGCAGAGCGUGGGCGGAGCCACUAUGCAAACUCUCACUACAUCCCUCUACACUACAGCCACUAUGCAAUCACUCGCCACAUCCCUCUACACUAUAGCCACUAUGCAAACACUCACUACACCCCCUUACACUACAGUCACUAUGCAAACUCUCACUACAUCCCCUUACACUACAGCCACUAUGCAAACUCUCACUACAUCCCCUUACACUACAGCCACUAUGCAAACUCUCACUACAUCCCUCUACACUACAGCCACUAUGCAAACACUCGCCACAUCCCUCUACACUAUAGCCACUAUGCAAACACUCACUACACCCCCUUACACUACAGCCACUAUGCAAACUCUCACUACAUCCCCUUACACUACAGCCACUAUGCAAACUCUCACUACAUCCCCUUACACUACAGCUACUGUGCAAACACUCACUACACCCCCUUACACUACAGCCACUAUGCAAACUCUCACGACAUCCCCUUACACUACAGCUACUAUGCAAACCUCACUACAUGCCCUUACACUACAGCCACUAUGCAAAUUCUCACUACAUGCCCUUACACUACAGCCACUAUGCAAACUCUCACUACAUCCCCUUACACUACAGCCACUAUGCAAACUCUCACUACAUCCUCUUACACUACAGCCACUAUGCAAACUCUCACUACAUCCCCUUACACUACAGCCACUAUGCAAACACUCGCUACAUCCCCCUACACUACAUCCCCUUACACUACAGCCACUAUGCAAACACUUACUACAUCCCCUUACACUACAUCCACUAUGCCAACUCUCACUACAUCCCCUUACACUACAGCCACUAUGCAAACACUCGCUACAUCCCCCUACACUACAUCCACUAUGCCAACUCUCACUAUAUCCCCUUAUACUACAUCCACUAUGCAAACACUCACUACAUCCCCCUACACUACAUCCACUAUGCAAACUCUCACUACAUCCCCUUACACUACAGCUCUCUCACUGUCUACAGCCAAUUGACACGCACACUACAGCCCCUAGCCACACAGCUGAAGUAACCUGCUUACAAAAAAACCCAUAAACAGCCACUAAACGCACGCACAAUACUCUCUUCUUGCCUUUUUGUCCUCUGUUAUCCCACUUAUGGAGACACCAGAGAAACUCACAAGCCAAUCAAGCACUGCAUAUUACACGGGGCCUGUUUCCCAUGUAAGAGCUCUGUGCAUUGGCUGCCCUGGAAGAGCAUUGUACUAACACGCUGGAGGAGGUGCUUGUCAUUGGUGAUGUCACAACUCGCCCCCUCCCUUGCUUAUUUUCAAUGUGACGAUUGCUGAUUCGAGAUAGCGGCUUCCCUUUGUUAAUGCAUUAAAGUAUAUUCAUAUUCCAUUAUCUCUCAUUUUGUAAGUACAACGGCGCGUACCAUGGUCUGGGAUUCCUACUAAUGUAAAUAAUUCUCUCAUUUCCUGUUUAUGCAGCCACGGUGUUCUUGGAGUUGUGGAAGAGACAGCGGGCAAGUGAUGUCUCGGGAUGGAAUCUGUACAGCUGGGAUGAAGAUGAGGUAACAGUGAAUUUCAUCUACAUGUGAAGCACUGUUGGAUGAGAACUGAGCAGUUUGUCCUGACUUUGUUAGUUCAAUGUAGUGGGCUAAGCAGGUAGCAGACUGACAGUGUUAGUUCUAUGUAGUGGGCUUAGCAGGUAGUGCAGACUGACACUGUCAGUUCAAUGUAGUGGGCUUAGGAGGUAGAAGACUGAUACUGUUAGUUCAAUGUAGUGGGCUUAGCAGGUAGCGCACACUGACACUGUUCAAUGUAGUCAGCUAAGCAGGUAGCAGACUGACAUUGUUAGUUCAAUGUAGUGGGCUAAGCAGGUAGCGCAGACUGACCGUGCAAAGUAACAAUCUUCUUAACUGAAUUGAUAAUUGGUGCCUACAUUGUGCAAUUCUCUGGGAGUUUAAUCAAUCAGUUAGUAGGCAGGUUUUGAAAUCUAACUAUCUAGAGGUAAAUGAUGUUUCUCAGUAAUUUUCUGUAAAAAAAUGUAAGCUCGUUAAGCUGGGCCCUCUGCACCCUUUGUUCCUGUGUGUUUAACUCACCUUGUUACAAAUAUAUGUCUGUUAGUCAUAGGCGUGCGCAGCCUAUUGCAUUAGGGUGUGCACCCUAAAGCACAAGCACACGCCGCAUAUAUAUAUGUAUGUAUGUAUAUAUAUAUAUAUAUAUAUGUGUGUGUAUAUAAAUAUAUAUAUGUAUAUAUAUAUAUAUAUAUAUAUAUAUAUAUAUAUAUAUAUAUAUAUAUACACACAUACAUACAUACACAUAUAUACACAACACACAUACACACACUGCUGUGUGUGUGUGAGGGUGCUGUUAGUGUGAUGUGUGUGUGAUGAUGCUGGUAGUGUGCUAUGUGGGUGAGGGUGUUUGUGUGUGCGUGCUUGUGAGGAUGCUGUUAAUGUACUGUGUGUGAGGGUGCUGUUUGUGUGUGAGGGUACUGAUAGUGUGCUGUGUGUGUGUUUGUUAGGGUCCUGUUUGUGAGGGUACUGUUAGUGUGCUGUGUGUGUGUGAGGGUGCUGUUUGUGUGCUGUGUGUGUUUGUGAGGGUGCUGUAUGUGUGUUGGUGCUGUGUAUGUGGGUGCUGUGUAUGGGUGCUGUAUUUCUGUGGGUGGUGUAUGUGUGUGGGUGGUGUAUGUGUGUGGUGUAUGUGUGUGGGUGGUGUAUGUGUGUGGGUGCUGUGUAUGUCUGUGGGUGCUGUAUGUAUGUGGGUGCUGAAUGUAUGUGGGUGCUGAAUGUGUGUGGGUGCUGAAUGUAUGUGGGUGUUGAAUGUGUGUGGGUGCUGUAUGUGUGUGGGUGCUGUGUAUGUCUGUGGGUGCUGUAUGUGUGUGGGUGCUGUAUGUGUGUGGGUGCUGUAUGUGUGUGGGUGCUGUAUGUGUGUGGGUGCUGUAUGUCUGUGUGUGCUGUGUGUGUGCUGUGUGUGUGCUGUAUGUGUGUGGGUGCUGUGUAUGUGUAUGGGUGCUGUAUGUGUGUGGGUGUUGUGUGUGUGUGGGUGCUGUGUGGGUGUUGUGUGUGUGUGUGUGUGUGUGUUGUAUGUGUGUGUGCUGUAUGUGGGUGGGUGAUUGUGGGGGGUGGAGGUGGGGGUACAUUCAUUGCUAUCCCCCCUCCCUUCUUACCUUUUGUAGGGAGGGGGGAUCGUGCUGCUGAUUCCUUCCCUGGUGGUCCAGUGGAGAGCCCCUGUGGGGCUAGAGUUCACUCUCGCGAGAUUUGAGCAUUGCCGUGGCAAUGCUCAUAUCUCGCGAGAGGAACCCGGCGGGUCCUUUCCUGCCUCCCUCCCUGCAUGUGGGUCAGUGGAGAGGGAGGCUGAGAGCAGCCGGCUCUGCAUGAGCCGACAGGGGAGAUCUCCCCUGCCGGUCUCAAUAUACAUAGGCGUGCCGCGCCCAGGCACACCCGGCACACCCCGUGCGCACGCCUAUGCUGUUAGUCUUCCCAUUGUACAGCGCUACAGACUUUGUGGGCACUUUAUAAAUAAUAAUAAUAAUAAUAAUAAUAGUUACAUUUGGUAUAAUCGAAGCAUCAAAUCAACUUUAGCUGAAUUAAACUCUUUUGGUGUAUAGAUCAUUUUUUGUGCUGAAACACCCCCACUCGUCUUAUACUCGAGUCAGUGUCUGUAUUAUGGCAACUUACAUUGCCAUAAAACAAACCAGGACUGCUGGGCUCAUUACAAGCCCGGCGGUACUGUUGGGGGCUGGCAGCGAGCUGUUACUUACCUUUCCUGCAGCUCCUGUCAGCUCCCUUCUCUCUCCUCCAGUACGGUCAGCUCCCCUGUCAGCUCCACUGUAAGUCUCGCGAGAGCCGCGGGGUCAGAGCGUUGCCACGGUUCACCGUGGCAACGCUCCGUGCGGCACUCAGACCUCGAGACUUGCAGUGGGAGCUGACCGGACCGGAGGAGAGAGAAGGGAGCUGCAGGAAAGGUAAGUUACAGCUCUCUGCCAGCCCCCUUCCUACACAGUGCACACCACUGGACCACCAGGGAAUGAGACGAAAAAAAUAUAAAUAAAUAAAAAUUUAAAUAAUAAUAAAAUAUUAAUAAUAUAUAUUUUAAAAAAUAUAUUAAAAUAAUAAUUUUAAAAAUUUAAUAAAAAUGCCCACCCCCCACCAAGGCUCUGCAUCACACACACACUCUGCAUCAUACACACACACUGCAUCAUACACACACACUGCACUCAUACACACACUCUGCAUCAUACACACACACUGCACUCAUACACACACACUGCAUUCAUACAUACACUCUGCAUUCAUACACACACCACACUCACACUCACACACACACUGCACUUAUACACAUACACACACACCGCAUUCAUACAAACACACUGCAUUAUAUACACACACACUGCAUUCAUACUGCACACACACACACACACACACACACACUGCACUCAUAUACAUACACUGCAUUCACACACACACCACAUUCAUACAAACACACUGCAAUCAUACACACACACACACACACACACACACUCUGCAUUCAUUAUAUACACUCUGCAUUCAUUAUAUACACUCUGCAUUCAUUAUAUACACACACACUGCACUCAUACAUACACACACUGCACUCAUACACACACUGCACUCAUACACACACUGCACUCAUUAUAUAUACACACACACUGCAUUCAUACUCACAUUCUGCACACACACACACACUGCAUUCAUACACACACACAUCACAUUCAUACAAACACACUGCAUUAUACACACACACACACACACACACUCUGCAUUCAUUAUAUACACACUGCAUUCAUUAUACACACACACAAUGCACUCAUACACACACACAUACACACACUGCAUUCAUACACACACAAUGCACUCAUACAUACACACACAACACUCAUACACACUGCAUUCAUACACACACACUGCACUCAUACACACACACACACACUGCAUUCAUUAUAUACACACACUGUAAAUAAAUAUUCAAUUAAUGUAAUUUUAUUGGGAUCUAAUUUUAUGUAGCUGCUGCAUUUCCCACCCUAGGUUUAUACACGAGUCAAUAAGUUUUCCCAGUUUUUUGGGUAAAAUUAGGGGUCUCGAGUAUAUACGGUAAUAAUUAUCCGUAACAAAGAAAAGAUCGAUGGUUACAUUAAAAAAAAUUACGUAAGCUCUUAAGUUUCAGUGUCAGAGUUUAAUGCCUCUGAAUUGUGCGCUUGCUGGGCAAUAAAAAUUACUUAACACACUUUAAAUAAUGUUAACUUUAGCAAGAAAGUAAAUCCCAUCAAACGCUCAACGGACAAAAUUCAUACGAAAUGCAUAAAAUAAUUCAGCAUUCUGAAGGAUUACCAUAAACAGAGUUUACUAAAAUGUAACUUUAUAUUAAUAUGCAGUGAUUAUAAACCAGAUAUUAUAGGUCUGUUUUCUAACGUUAAUAUGUCUUCUUUACACGUGGCUGCAGGACACGAUGGUGAUUACUAAGAAGUAAAUAGUAACAAAGUGUCGGAUCGGUUUGAAGUGUAGUCUGAGUACAAUGGGCUUUAUGGAGGAGAAGUGCGGCAUUUACUUUUAUUGGGCUUUUUUGGCACUUUUCCCAUUUUGCAUCUAUUUAUUCCUUUAUUUGCACCAAAACAUUCUUCAAUGCACCGACUCCAUAAUUGUUUUUCACAAUAGCUUUCGCUCAUUUCUUUUUUAUAUUUAACACAUUUAUCUCUCGCCAUAUAUGAAAAAGAGGUACAAAAGUGUGUUCUCUCUGUCUCAGCCGAUCUCUGCCACGGUUAGAUUGGCUGUGUAACGGACCGUUUUGCACAAAAGGGGUAAAACCCGUUUAGGCGAUCGGCCCCCUUUCCAGAGAUACAGGUACAGCUACUGCAGAACACCAAAACUCACGAACUGGAUACAAAAUAGCACUCCAACUCCCGAACUGGAACCUCCCAAAUAGCUGCUAGCAGACGAACAGGAAAAGCAGACAAUCAGCUUACACUCCUGGCAAUCAGUCUCUAAUAGCAUACAGUGAAUCCCCCCAAGAACGAGACAAGGCUCUGUGUUGAGAGUCAAGCAGUGGUCUGAGGUGCUGGCACACCCAGCCUGGUUUUUAUUACAGUCUUUUCAAAUACAGGACCGCCCACAGGGAGGUAUAAAACAACCAAUCACAUCACAGUUAAAUCCCACAUAUUCCCUCCCCUUAUCCUGAGAGGAAACUCAAUUACACAUACAGUUAAAACAUACUUUCUACCCAACUUUCAUAACUCUAAAACCAUACAUCACAUUCACAUAAAAUUACAUAUUCACAAUCAAUCCAUUCAGGGGAACAACAUAUUAAAAAUGGCAUGAAUCAGACCAGGGGUUCAAAAGUUAGUAAAAAGUCCUUUGUGACUAAAUGAAGCAUGGCUUUCUGGCCCAAACCAGUUUCAGAGUCUUCUAUCCUGGAGAGUAAUUCAAUUAUCUCCCAGGACAGACACAAGACUCCAUUAAGCACAUGGUUGCAAAAAGACACAAAACACUUUAAAAUACAUAAAGUCACAUUUAUUACAUAAAACACAGACAUGUAACAUAUCCCCAGAUAGCUCAGGUCUGAGCGCACAUUAUUAAGUGAAUGGCGCUCAGACCACACGAAUACAGUUUAAUCGCCAUGGAGCCAAAGUCUUUACAGUCAGUUUCAUUUCAUACGAAUGGGCUCCAUGGGAUUCCUAUCUGGGGUAUAACACAUUCAAACAAAUCUACCGAACCCCAGGCAGAAAAGCAUGAAUGAAGCUUUUCUGCAGGUAAAAAAGAUGUCUUUUAACAGGGGGCCAUAGUCCAAAGGCAGCAGGCAAGCAACCAGGCUUCUCCAAUGCAAUGUGGCGAGAUUGGUCUCGUCACAGGCUGCUUUUUUGACUACAAUUUAAUUUGUAACUUCUCCUUUUUUCCCUAAUAUUUUCUUUUCAGAAUGUAUUUUAACCAGUUGGUUGCAGUCCCUUCACUCAUAAAAAGCAAAUCCGUGUCAAGAAAAAAAUGCACAAAAAAAGGAAUAAAAUGUGGCCGAGAGAGAGAGAGAUUAUUUUGGCUCUCUACUCAAAAUGUAGAAAGCCAUGUACACGGGGUGCUAUUCCAAAACACAGCACAAACUUGGAAGCAAAUGCUACAUUUCUUUAGACAUAACCCCUGAUAUGCAUGCAUGUGCAAGCUGUAUAUACUGUGUCCUGUGUAAUGUACAAGCUGUAUAUACUGUAUAUUGUGCAGUGGGCGGCUGUGUCCUGUGUAAUGUACAAGCUGUAUAUACUGUAUAUUGUGCAGUGGGCGGCUGUGUCCUGUGUAAUGUACAAGCUGUAUAUACUGUAUAUUAUGCAGUGGGCGGCUGUGUCCUGUGUAAUGUACAAGCUGUAUAUACUGUGUCCUGUGUAAUGUACAAGCUGUAUAUACUGUAUAUUGUGCAGUGGGCGGCUGUGUCCUGUGUAAUGUACAAGCUGUAUAUUAUGCAGUGGGCGGCUGUGUCCUGUGUAAUGUACAAGCUGUAUAUACUGUAUAUUAUGCAGUGGCGGCUGUGUCCUGUGUAAUGUACAAGCUGUAUAUACUGUAUAUUAUGCAGUGGGCGGCUGUGUCCUGUGUAAUGUACAAGCUGUAUAUACUGUAUAUUAUGCAGUGGGCGGCUGUGUCCUGUGUAAUGUACAAGCUGUAUAUACUGUAUAUUAUGCAGUGGGCGGCUGUGUCCUGUGUAAUGUACAAGCUGUAUAUACUGUAUAUUAUGCAGUGGGCGGCUGUGUCCUGUGUAAUGUACAAGCUGUAUAUACUGUAUAUUGUGCAGUGGGCGGCUGUGUCCUGUGUAAUGUACAAGCUGUAUAUACUGUAUAUUAUGCAGUGGGCGGCUGUGUCCUGUGUAAUGUACAAGCUGUAUAUACUGUCCUGUGUAAUGUACAAGCUGUAUAUACUGUAUAUUAUGCAGUGGGCGGCUGUGUCCUGUGUAAUGUACAAGCUGUAUAUACUGUAUAUUGUGCAGUGGGCGGCUGUGUCCUGUGUAAUGUACAAGCUGUAUAUACUGUAUAUUGUGCAGUGGGCGGCUGUGUCCUGUGUAAUGUACAAGCUGUAUAUACUGUAUAUUGUGCAGUGGGCGGCUGUGUCCUGUGUAAUGUGCAAGCUGUAUAUACUGUAUAUUGUGCAGUAGGCGGCUGUGUCCUGUGUAAUGUGCAAGCUGUAUAUACUGUAUAUUAUGCAGUGGGCGGCUGUGUCCUGUGUAAUGUGCAAGCUGCAUAUACUGUAUAUUAUGCAGAGGGCGGCUGUGUCCUGUGUAAUGUGCAAGCUGCAUAUACUGUAUAUUAUGCAGUGGGCGGCUGUGUCCUGUGUAAUGUGCAAGCUGCAUAUACUGUAUAUUAUGCAGUGGGCGGCUGUGUCCUGUGUAAUGUACAAGCUGCAUAUACUGUAUAUUAUGCAGUGGGCGGCUGUGUCCUGUGUAAUGUACAAGCUGUAUAUACUGUAUAUUAUGCAGUGGGCGGCUGUGUCCUGUGUAAUGUGCAAGCUGUAUAUACUGUAUAUUAUGCAGUAGGCGGCUGUGUCCUGUGUAAUGUACAAGCUGUACAUACUGUAUAUUAUGCAGUGGGCGGCUGAGUCCUGUGUAAUGUACAAGCUGUAUAUACUGUGUCCUGUGUAAUGUGCAAGCUGUAUAUACUGUAUAUUAUGCAGUGGGCGGCUGAGUCCUGUGUAAUGUACAAGCUGUAUUUACUGUAUAUUGUGCAGUGGGCGGCGGUGUCCUGUGUAAUGUACAAGCUGUAUAUACUGUAUAUUGUGCAGUGGGCGGCUGUGUCCUGUGUAAUGUACAAGCUGUAUUUACUGUAUAUUGUGCAGUGGGCGGCUGUGUCCUGUGUAAUGUACAAGCUGUAUAUACUGUAUAUUGUGCAGUAGGUGGCUGUGUCCUGUGUAAUGUACAAGCUGUAUAUACUGUAUAUUAUGCAGUGGGCGGCUGUGUCCUGUGUAAUGUACAAGCUGUAUAUACUGUAUAUUGUGCAGUGGGCGGCUGUGUCCUGUGUAAUGUACAUGCUGUAUAUACUGUAUAUUAUGCAGUGGGCAGCUGUGUCCUGUGUAAUGUACAAGCUGUAUAUACUGUAUAUUAUGCAGUGGGCGGCUGUGUCCUGUGUAAUGUACAAGCUGUAUAUACUGUAUAUUAUGCAGUGGGCGGCUGUGUCCUGUGUAAUGUACAAGCUGUAUGUACUGUAUAUUAUGCAGUGGGCGGCUGUGUCCUGUGUAAUGUACAAGCUGUAUAUACUGUAUAUUUUGCAGUGGGCGGCUGUGUCCUGUGUAAUGUACAAGCUGUAUAUACUGUAUAUUGUGCAGUGGGCGGCUGUGUCCUGUGUAAUGUACAAGCUGUAUAUACUGUGUCCUGUGUAAUGUGCAAGCUGUGUAUACUGUAUGUUGUGAGUGGCGGCUGUAUCCUGUGUAUUAUUUUAAACUGUAUAUACUGUAUAUUAUGCAGUGGGCUGGCUGUGUCCUGUAUGUCUCAACUGUAUAUACUGUAUAUUGUACAGUGGUAAAAUGUGUCUGUAAUGGCAAUGUACAAGCUGUAUAUACUGUAUAUAUAUAUAUAUUAUUACCGAUGGUGGCUGGCUUGUCCUGUGUAAUGUACAAGCUGUAUAUACUGUACUGUGUGCAGUGGGCGGCUGUGUCCUGUGUAAUGUACAAGCUGUAUAUACUGUAUAUUGUGCAGUGGGCGGCUGUGUCCUGUGUAAUGUACAUGCUGUAUAUACUGUAUAUUAUGCAGUGGGCAGCUGUGUCCUGUGUAAUGUACAAGCUGUAUAUACUGUAUAUUAUGCAGUGGGCGGCUGUGUCCUGUGUAAUGUACAAGCUGUAUAUACUGUAUAUUAUGCAGUGGGCGGCUGUGUCCUGUGUAAUGUACAAGCUGUAUAUACUGUAUAUUAUGCAGUGGGCGGCUGUGUCCUGUGUAAUGUACAAGCUGUAUAUACUGUGUCCUGUGUAAUGUACAAGCUGUAUAUACUGUAUAUUGUGCAGUGGGCGGCUGUGUCCUGUGUAAUGUACAAGCUGUAUAUUAUGCAGUGGGCGGCUGUGUCCUGUGUAAUGUACAAGCUGUAUAUACUGUAUAUUAUGCAGUAGGCGGCUGUGUCCUGUGUAAUGUACAAGCUGUAUAUACUGUAUAUUAUGCAGUAGGCGGCUGUGUCCUGUGUAAUGUACAAGCUGUAUAUACUGUAUAUUAUGCAGUGGGCGGCUGUGUCCUGUGUAAUGUACAAGCUGUAUAUACUGUAUAUUGUGCAGUGGGCGGCUGUGUCCUGUGUAAUGUACAAGCUGUAUAUACUGUAUAUUGUGCAGUGGGUGGCUGUGUCCUGUGUAAUGUACAAGCUGUAUAUACUGUAUAUUGUGCAGUGGGCGGCUGUGUCCUUUGUAAUGUACAAGCUGUAUAUACUGUAUAUUAUGCAGUGGGCGGCUGUGUCCUUUGUAAUGUACAAGCUGUAUAUACUGUAUAUUGUGCAGUGGGCGGCUGUGUCCUUUGUAAUGUACAAGCUGUAUAUACUGUAUAUUGUGCAGUGGGCGGCUGUGUCCUGUGUAUUGUGCAAGCUGUAUAUACUGUAUAUUGUGCAGUGGGCGGCUGUGUCCUGUGUAAUGUACAAGCUGUAUAUACUGUAUAUUGUGCAGUGGGCGGCUGUGUCCUGUGUAAUGUACAAGCUGUAUGUACUGUAUAUUAUGCAGUGGGCGGCUGUGUUUUGGCCACCAGGUUUGCACACACCUCAGGAGGGAUUUUGUACCACUCCUCUUUGCAGAUCCUCUCCAAGUCGUUAAGGUUUCGGGCUGACGUUUGGCAACUCAAACCUUCUGCUCCCUCCACAGAUUUUCUGUGGGAUUAAGAUCUGGAGACUAGACCUUUAUGUGCUUCUUCUUGAGUGACUCCUUUGUUGGCUUGGCUGUGUGUUUUGGGUCAUUGUCAUGCUGGAAUACCAAUCCACGACAUAUUUUCAGUGCCCUGGCUGAGGGAAGGAGAUUCUCACCCAAGAUUUGAUGGUUCAUGGUCCUGUCCAUCGUCCCUUGAUGCGGUGCAGUUGUCCUGUCCCCUGUCCUGUCCCCUUAGCAGAAACCCCCCCCCCCAAAGCAUCAUAUUUCCAUCUCCAUGUUUGACGAUGGGGAUGGUGUUCUUGGGGUCAUAGGCAGUAUUCCUCCUCCUCCAAACACAGUGAUUUUAGUUGAUGCCAAAGAGCUUGAUUUCGGUCUCAUUUGACCACAACACUUUCACCCAGUUCUCCUCUGAAUCAUUCAGAUGUUCAUUGGCAAACUUCAGAUAGGCCUGUACAUGUGCUUUCUUGAGCGGGUGGGACCUUGCCGGCGCUGCAGGAUUUCAUUUCAACAUAGCGUAGUGUAUUACCAAUUGUUUUCUUGGUGAUUAUGGGCCCAGCUGCCUUGAGAUCAUUAACAAGAUCCUCCUGUGUAGUUCUGGGCUAAUUCCUCACUGUUCUCAUGAUCAUUGAAACUCCACAAGGUUAGAUCUUGCAUUGAGCACCAGACCGAGGGAGGCUGACAGUUAUUUUGUGUUUCUAACAUUUGCGAAUAAUCACACCAACUGUUGUCACUUUCUCACCAAGCUGCUUGGCGGUGGUCUUGUAGCCCAAUCCAGCCUUGUGCAGGUCUACAAUCUUGUCCCUGACAUCCUUGGACAGCUCUUUGGUCUUGGCCAUGGUGGAGAGUUUGGAAUCUGAUUGAUUGCUUCUGUGAACAGGUGUCUUUUAUACUGGUAACGAGCUGAGAUUAGGAGCACUCCCUGUAUAAAAGACACCUGGGAGUCAUAAAUCGUGCUGAUUGAUAGGGGAUCAAAUACUUAUUUCACUCAUUGACAUGCAAAUCAAUUGAUUACUUUUUGACAUGUGUUUUUCUGGAUUAUUUUUUUUUGUUAUUCUGUCUCUCGCUGUUAAAAUACACCUACCAUUAAAAUUAUAGACUGAUCAUUUCUUUGUCAGUGGACAAACAUUCAAAAUCAGCAGGGGAUCAAAUACCUUUUUUCCCCUCACUGUAUAUUAUGUAUUUUAUGCAGUGGGCGGCUGUGUCCUGUGUCAUGUACAAGCUGUAUACUGUAUUUUAUGCCGGAGUAUUUGUGAAUGUGUCUGUCCUUUUUCAGGAGGAGCUGGCUCUAGAACUAAUCAACGACCCAGAUUGUGCCAUCCAGAAACACCAGCAUUCGUAUCUGCGAUCCACUCUCGUUCUGCUAGGAGUCGUAGCUGUGGUACUGUAACAUCUCAAUGACUUUCCAGUGUAUUCUUGUAUUCUCUGCAUUAAGUCCUAUCAGGAUAAUAUACAUACACUGCUGGGCUGGAAACAAAGACGUUAAUAUAGGACACGCGUAAUCAUGUAACAUUCUUCCAGAUAAUCUGUUAAAAUCAGAAACACAGAAUUACACCGACAUAGUUUUCAUGAAAAACACACCAACAUAACUACCAGUAUUAUAUAAUCAAUAUGUACUAAAUAAUGUGCUAUCACAGCAUACAACUUUUUUUAUUACUGAAUAUCUAUCAUAUUUUCCUAGAUUUCUAAGACUGGUGGGGUAACAAGGACGACACCAGAAUGUCCAUGAUGCAUUGGGUUUUGAGUCAUCGUUCAUUAUAUUGAAUUCACUCUUACAGAAACACUCUGAUUGUCUAAAGCCUUCCUUCUUUGUCUCUUCACGACAGAUCGCUGUACUGAUCGGAAUAGCACAAGCUCUAGUUAUCUAUCGAGUGGUAGCCACUGUAGCCUUUAUGCGCUCGGAGUGGGAGUUGCUUAAAGAACACGCCAACACGGCCGCUGUCAUGUCAGGAGCUGUGCUUCAUUACUUGACUAUUGUCAUCAUGACCAAGGUAGGGAAUGUGUGUUCGCUGUGUAAUUGUGAUACGUGUUCUAUGGUGUGACUCCUGUCAGAGAGUUACCUGUUAUUAGAAUCUUUGUUAUAACUCUCCUAAUUUAGUGAAAUAAAAAUCUCUGACAGUGUCUUUUAUACAUCGCCUCUCCUAUGAUAACAGCUGACAGACUGGAUGUGUCAGAGCUACCAAUUUCUAUCAUUUUAAAAUCUCAUUCUUAUUUUCAGGUUAACCGCAUGGUCUCCACGUAUCUAUGUAAUCUUGGUAAGUCUCUUUUUAAAUGACAAGCUUUGAAUUAAAGGAGAUUACACCACUGGGAACCACAUUUUAUUUUACAUGCGAUGCUCCAUUUUCCCGUAAAUGUUCAUUAAAUAUUUAACUAUUGACAUCGUGCUUCAAUCCAGGCAUGGUCAGGGCACAGAUUGUAUAAGACGAGGAGAAACACACAUGGCUACCAUUUCUCCUCCUCUCUGUACGCUCUCCAUAAGCUGGCUGACCGCUGCAAAGGGCGGAGCUUACAUGUAAGUGAGCCAAGAUGGAUGCACUGCAGAGUUAAACACAGCGGGAUGGAUUUUAGAUUUUAUUUUCAGACAGAUUUGUUAAAGGAACACUCUGGGCACCGUAAUAUAAAGCAUUUUGAGGCCAGUGAUCGGCUUAGAGCAUCAAUCGAUUACCGACACCAAGGUAAGGCUUCAUCAUUGGAGCUGAGGAAGAAGCAGGCGGCAGAGAGCCAAGAAAAAUGACUCCCAACACCUUCAGACACCAUAAUCACUUUAGUGAGAUGAAGUCAUUAUGGUGCCCAAAGUGUUUCUUUAAUUAUUGGAGGAAAAUUAACAAACAGGGUUAUUCAAUAAAGUGAGAAAUGAAAAUGGAUUUUAGCUUUACGGCCAGAGUUGCUGAACUGACAGCAUUGCUGACUUGGAGAAUGUUUCCACUUUGGCUAUUUUGAACUUAAAUUUGAAAUUCACUUUGAAUUCUCACUUUAGAAAUAACCCUUAAAGGGAUUCCAGACCCUUAAAACCCUUAAGCUUUAUGUGUGAAUAGUGUGUCCUAUUUUUUCAUUUUCAAUAGUAAUUGACACUUUUAUAAAUUAACCUUGUUACACUCCCCCCACCCGGUUGUUAAUCAGACAGCCGGUCCUGUUACUUCCUGGUUUGUUUAGCUCAAUGAAGAUAAACUCAAGAGGUAGCAAUUGCCCAGAGCACAUGCCUUUCAAAGACAUUGAGCUGCAUUAGGAAGUCUGUGAUUGGACAGCCACAGAAAGUCUGGUCGGAGUUAGAGGGGGAGGGCUUCCAAAGGAUGCAGGCAAGGGAACUGCAAGUUUUGAAAGAGGUUUUUAGAUAUAACUCCAAUGAAACCUGCAUAAUUAAAUGCAUGCAUGUUGUCAUUUGGGAUAUAUAUACUAAGUAGUAAUUUGUACUUAUUUUGUUUUUGGAUAAAUAAAUGAAUAAAGGUCUUCAGAAUCUAAAUGCUGCCUCUCUUGUAAUGGUGCUGAAACCAUUUCUUUUUCAUUUAUUGCUACAAUUUUAUUAAUAUUUGUUAUUAAGUGGGAGCUUCAUAUAUCAAAAAGUGAGAUAGAUUGCUAGACAUGUAGACAAUGCUGCGACGAAUACAUUGUAUACUGUGCCUACGGGGUAUAUCUGUCCAUCUACGUUCCAGUCACUGAGUGCAGCUCCAACCAUGGCAAACUCUCUCACUAUUUAUUCCUGAGCUUCAUUGAACUCUCCUUAUUGCGGUUCCUGCAGCACUCUAGAGCGUUGUAUUCCCGGAGUGAUCUCUGAGUACGGAGCUCGUCUCGUUACUUGUUAUAGAUUAUUAUGUAUUUCUAUAUCCUCUUGCUCUGACAUUAAUUGAUGAAGUGGAGUUUAAACACAUUUACCCAGUGUAUUAUGUUUAUCUUUCCUCAGAGAAUCCCCGCACUUUCACAGAUCGAGAAAGCAGUUUUACCACAAAAGUAUUCACCUUCCAGUUUGUCACUCACUUCUCGUCUCUUUUCUACGUGGCAUUUUUCCUUGGAAGGUAACCGUUAAUAUUAUAAGUUCACCUAUUCUGACUCUACAAACACGUCCCUUCAGACGAACUGAAUCGCCUCUGACUUUAAGCCUUUUUUCAUUAGACACUACUUUUUGCUGCGUAAUCCAGUUCAGACAAAACACAAUAAAGGCAAUCGUUGCAGGUGAUAGGAAGACAUUGAUACAUUGCUUGAUUUCUCCGGUGUUUGUAUAUUUUCUCUAUGCCAGGGAAGUGACCAUUCUCCUUUACAGAUUAUACAAUUUGAUUUGUACAUUGUGAUCGCUAAAUUGCAUGAAAUGCGUAGACAAAUUGUUUAGCAUUUUCUAUAACUUUACUUUCUUGAGCUUUACUGCAAUGCCGCUGGCUCACCGCCUACAGUAAAGGUGACGGGUAAUGGCAGCGUGAGUGGGUGUUAAUCCAGGGGAUACCAUCCCACAAUUCUUAGCGUGUAGAUAUAAAGUGUGAGCUGUGUGGGGAGACAUCUGAGGACAAGCAGCGUUUCUAUCCAGUCAGGAUGCCACGUGGGGAGUGGAAGAAACAUGAAUUGAUCAUUAAACAUCUGGACGUUGCAAUCCUUCCGAAUUAAUGUGGACUUUCCAUCCACACGAUUUAUAAAACAAACCACAUUGCAAGGUGUAUUGGACUGACUGGGAUUUCUUUCCUCCUUAGUUGGGGGGAUUCACUCUGUAGGUUACAUGAUAAUUUGGAACUUACCCUUCCACAUUACCAGCAUUAUUUCUCUCCAGUCUGUACGGCAAUGAAUGGCUGAGAGCACUGGGAGUGGGUAGCCUAUCACUGCAUAGACCAGACUGAUUUUAGAUCUAAGCUCCACAUAUUUCUCCUCUUCUUGUAGAAUUAACGGGUAUCCUGGAAAUUACGUGCGGAUUGCGGGUCACUGGAGGUUGGAGGAGGUGAGUUUGGGGUGAUAUUGGAUAAUUAAUAUUGUAACCUCUCCCCCCUGCCCCCCACAAUCCAGUAUCAAGGAAUAUUCCUCCCGCGGAAUUCAGUUCUUACUGUCCUCAUAUCUGUCCCUAUCUGUACGUAAAAUGCGAAAUCAAAAAAAUAUCCUGUCCGAGAAGAUUAUCCUUUAUCGCUGCAAUUUAUGUGUCACAGUAGAUCAGAUUUUUUUUUUUAAAGAUUGUUAUAUUGUUUAAUAGAAUAAUUCUAUAUAUACAUUUACUUGUAAGAAAGCACUCCUGGGACUUUCUUGUUACACACGGUUUAAGCAGUAUAUAUAUAUUUAAUGGUUGGGUUAAUUUUUACACUAAAAGUAGAAUUUUAUACUAUAAUAAUAAUAAUAAUAAUAAAAGUAUUUCAUUCCCUAAAGUCAAAUUAAAACAACUGCAACAUUUAGGUGAAAAUUCUUCGAUUCCACAAUAGCCACAGCUUGACAGUAAUAUCAUGUAGACAUUUGCUACAAUUCAUUGUUUCGAGAAUAAACACUGUUGAAUAUCAAUAGAUGUCUACCCCCCACCCCCGUGUAGGAUCAUACAAUAUGCAGCUGUAUGAAUGUGCGGUGUGCAUCCCAUUAAUUAAAACAUUAGAUGUCUACCCCCCCGUGUAGGAUCAUUCAAUAUGCAGCUGUAUGAAUGUGCGGUGUGCAUCCCAUUAAUUAAAACAUUAGAUGUCUACCCCCCGUGUAGGAUCAUACAAUAUGAAUGUACGGUGUGCAUCCCAUUAAUUAAAACAUUAGAUGUCUACCCCCCAUGUAUGAUCAUACAAUAUGCAGCUGUAUGAAUGUACGGUGUGCAUCCCAUUAAUUAAAACAUUAGAUGUCUACCCCCCGUGUAGGGUCAUACAAUAUGCAGCUGUAUGAAUGUACGGUGUGCAUCCCAUUAAUUAAAACAUUAGAUGUCUACCCCCCAUGUAUGAUCAUACAAUAUGAAUGUACGGUGUGCAUCCCAUUAAUUAAAACUUUAGAUGUCUAAGCCCCCAUGUAGGAUCAUACAAUAUGCAGCUGUAUGAAUGUACGGUGUGCAUCCCAUUAAUUAAAACAUUAGAUGUCUAACCCCCUGUGUAUGAUCAUACAAUAUGCAGCUGUAUGAAUGUACGGUGUGGAUCCCAUUAAUUGAAACAUUAGAUGUCUACCCCCCCGUGUAGGAUCAUACAAUAUGCAGCUGUAUGAAUGUACGGUGUGCAUCCCAUUAAUUAAAACAUUAGAUGUCUACCCCCCUGUGUAUGAUCAUACAAUAUGCAGCUGUAUGAAUGUACGGUGUGCAUCCCAUUAAUUAAAACAUUAGAUGUCAACCCCCCAUGUAUGAUCAUACAAUAUGAAUGUACGGUGUGCAUCCCAUUAAUUAAAACAUUAGAUGUCUACCCCUCAUGUAGGAUCAUACAAUAUGCAGCUGUAUGAAUGUACGGUGUGCAUCCCAUUAAUUAAAACAUUAGAUGUCUACCCCCCCGUGUAUGAUCAUACAAUAUGCAGCUGUAUGAAUGUACGGUGUGCAUCCCAUUAAUUAAAACAUUAGAUGUCUACCCCCCGUGUAUGAUCAUACAAUAUGCAGCUGUAUGAAUGUGCGGUGUGCAUCCCAUUAAUUAAAACAUUAGAUGUCUACCCCUCAUGUAUACAAUAUGCAGCUGUAUGAAUGUGCGGUGUGCAUCCCAUUAAUUAAAACAUUAGAUGUCUCCCCCCCCGUGUAUGAUCAUACAAUAUGCAGCUGUAUGAAUGUACGGUGUGCAUCCCAUUAAUUAAAACUUUAGAUGUCUACCCCCUGUGUAGGAUCAUACAAUAUGCAGCUGUAUGAAUGUGCGGUGUGCAUCCCAUUAAUUAAAACAUUAGAUGUCUACCCCUCAUGUAUACAAUAUGCAGCUGUAUGAAUGUGCGGUGUGCAUCCCAUUAAUUAAAACAUUAGAUGUCUACCCCCCUGUGUAUGAUCAUACAAUAUGCAGCUGUAUGAAUGUACGGUGUGCAUCCCAUUAAUUAAAACAUUAGAUGUCUAACCCCCCGUGUAUGAUCAUACAAUAUGCAGCUGUAUGAAUGUGCGGUGUGCAUCCCAUUAAUUAAAACAUUAGAUGUCUACCCCCCUGUGUAUGAUCAUACAAUAUGCAGCUGUAUGAAUGUACGGUGUGCAUCCCAUUAAUUAAAACAUUAGAUGUCUACCCCCCUGUGUAUGAUCAUACAAUAUGCAGCUGUAUGAAUGUACGGUGUGCAUCCCAUUAAUUAAAACAUUAGAUGUCAACCCCCCAUGUAUGAUCAUACAAUAUGAAUGUACGGUGUGCAUCCCAUUAAUUAAAACAUUAGAUGUCUACCCCUCAUGUAGGAUCAUACAAUAUGCAGCUGUAUGAAUGUACGGUGUGCAUCCCAUUAAUUAAAACAUUAGAUGUCUACCCCCCCGUGUAUGAUCAUACAAUAUGCAGCUCUAGAAAUGUACGGUGUGCAUCCCAUUAAUUAAAACAUUAGAUGUCUACCCCCCGUGUAUGAUCAUACAAUAUGCAGCUGUAUGAAUGUACGGUGUGCAUCCCAUUAAUUAAAACAUUAGAUGUCUACCCCCCUGUGUAUGAUCAUACAAUAUGCAGCUGUAUGAAUGUACGGUGUGCAUCCCAUUAAUUAAAACAUUAGAUGUCUUCCCCCCCCUGUAUGAUCAUACAAUAUGCAGCUGUAUGAAUGUACGGUGUGCAUCCCAUUAAUUAAAACAUUAGAUGUCUAACCCCCUGUGUAUGAUCAUACAAUAUGCAGCUGUAUGAAUGUACGGUGUGCAUCCCAUCAAUUAAAACAUUAGAUGUCUACCCCCCAUGUAUGAUCAUACAAUAUGCAGCUGUAUGAAUGUACGGUGUGCAUCCCAUUAAUUAAAACAUUAGAUGUCUACCCCCCCGUGUAUGAUCAUACAAUAUGCAGCUGUAUGAAUGUACGGUAAAGUAUCCCAUUACUAAAACUUUAGAUGUUCACCCUGUAAGCGAUCAUACAAUAUAGCUGUAUGAAUGUACCGGGUGUGCAUCCCAUUAAUUAAAAAUCCUUAGAUGUCUACCCCCCCGUGUAUGAUCAUACAAUAUGCAGCUGUAUGAAUGUACGGUGUGCAUCCCAUUAAUUAAAACUUUAGAUGUCUACCCCCUGUGUAUGAUCAUACAAUAUGCAGCUGUAUGAAUGUACGGUGUGCAUCCCAUUAAUUAAAACAUUAGAUGUCUACCCCCCAUGUAUGAUCAUACAAUAUGCAGCUGUAUGAAUGUACGGUGUGCAUCCCAUUAAUUAAAACAUUAGAUGUUCCGUAUGAUCAUACAAUAUGCAGCUGUAUGAAUGCACGUGCAUCCCAUCACUAAACAUUGAUGUCUACCCCCAUGUAAGGAUCAUACAACAUGCAGCUGUAUGAAUGCACGGUGCAUCCCAUUAAUUAAAAACAUUAGAUGUCUACCGCGGUAUGAUCAUACAAUAUGCAAAGCUGUAUGAAUGUACGUGUGCAUCCCAUUAAUUAAAACUUUAGAUGUCUACCCCCUGUGUAGGAUCAAGGCCAAUAUGCAGCUGUAUGAAUGUGCGUGUGCAUCCCAUUACUGCCAUUAGAUGCUCCGCCCCCGCGUAUACCAUGCAGCUGUGGCUGAAUGUGCGUGUGCAUCCUAUUACUAAAACAUUAGAUGUCUACCCCCAAAAGAUCACAAUAUGCAGCUGUAUGAAUGUACGGUGUGCAUCCCAUUAAUUAAAACAUUAGAUGUCUACCCCCCCGUGUAUGAUCAUACAAUAUGCAGCUGUAUGAAUGUACGGUGUGCAUCCCAUUAAUUAAAACUUUAGAUGUCUACCCCCCAUGUAUGAUCAUACAAUAUGCAGCUGUAUGAAUGUGCGGUGUGCAUCCCAUUAAUUAAAACAUUAGAUGUCUACCCCCCUGUGUAUGAUCAUACAAUAUGCAGCUGUAUGAAUGUACGGUGUGCAUCCCAUUAAUUAAAACAUUAGAUGUCUACCCCCCUGUGUAUGAUCAUACAAUAUGCAGCUGUAUGAAUGUACGGUGUGCAUCCCAUUAAUUAAAACAUUAGAUGUCUAACCCCCCGUGUAUGAUCAUACAAUAUGCAGCUGUAUGAAUGUGCGGUGUGCAUCCCAUUAAUUAAAACAUUAGAUGUCUACCCCCCGUGUAGGAUCAUACAAUAUGCAGCUGUAUGAAUGUGCGGUGUGCAAGCUCCUCUCAUUAAGACGGGUGUGUGACUAAUCUUUGUAACCUUCUUCUUUCAGUGCCAUCCAAGCGGCUGCAUUACUGAUCUAUUUAUACAAAUGUGUAUAAUUAUGGUUCUCAAGCAGACACUCAGUAACUGUGUGGAGUUUCUCUCUCCGUGAGUAUACUUAAUACUGUGCACUUCUCAUAAUGCCGUUUUAUUACAUUUUAAAUGCUAUUCUCACUCCACAUAUAAAACAAUAGUAAUUGACUGGAAGCAAACACAUGACAAAAAUGAUAUAUAAAAAUAAAAUGUAUAUAAACGUCAUUCUGUAUAUAAUAAACAAAUAGGAUAAGGAGGUAUUUAUAUACCAAAUACCAUAAACUCCCUACACUACAUAGGAACUUGGUGUCUAAAACAGUGAGACCCUCUACACUCGUAAAGCACUCCAGUUUUCUAUUCAAAUCCUAUGCAUGGUGAAAUAAAUAAAUGAAUAAAUUAUAAAGCACGUUAGAAAUCUAGUAAUAUGUUGUAUCUACAGCCCACGAGGGCCAGGUUUACUUUCUGGUACUUGCAAACACAAUAUUAUCUUUCUCCUCCUAAUGUUUCUUUCAAUAAAUAUCUGUAUUUAAAGGAGCGCACAUUCACAUUGGAUAUGGGUGUCAGUGUUGAGCGUAAGUAA